GUCACUUCUGAGCAGUUGGAGCAUUCCCAGCCUUGCCUCGGGUGUAGGGAUUGCAUAGGAAAAAGAGCAAAACUACACAGCUACACUGUGUGGUUUUGUUUUUUUGGGUUUCUUUGAGGCUAAGCUGUUCUCACAUUGGAUUUUCUGACAUUUCUGGAUAAGGAGAUUGUUUCUGAAGAAAUACAAUUUCUGGGCUUCGCCCCAUCAAAUCUAGGCACUCUUGUGGAUACAAGGUGCCGUCCACAAUGUCUACUCAGGCGCCAACAUUUACACAGCCGCUGCAAAGCGUUGUGGCACUAGAGGGUAGUGCUGCAACGUUUGAAGCUCAAGUCAGUGGUUCUCCAGUUCCUGAGGUGAGCUGGUUCCGUGAUGGCCAGGUUCUUUCCGCUGCCGCUCUGCCCGGCGCACAGAUCUCGUUCAGCGAUGGCCGCGCUGUUCUGAUGAUCCCUGCUGUGACAGCCGCACACAGUGGAAGAUUUUCUGUCAGAGCCACCAAUGGUGCUGGACAAGCCACUAGCACCGCUGAACUUCUCGUUACAAUGGAGACUGCGCCGCCCAACUUUAUUCAGAGACUUCAGAGUUUGACCGUGAGACAAGGAAGCCAAGUGAGACUGGAUGUUCGUGUGACAGGAAUCCCUACACCUGUGGUGAAGUUCUACAGAGAGGGAGCCGAGAUACAGAGCUCCGCUGACUUUCAGAUUGUUCAAGAAGGAGACCUUUACAGUUUGUUGAUUGCCGAAGCCUUCCCAGAGGAUUCUGGAACUUACUCUGUAAAUGCCUCAAACAGCAGCGGACGCGCUACCUCCACUGCUGAACUGCUGGUUCAAGGUGAAGAAGCUGUGCCUGCCAAGAAGUCUAAAACCGUCAUUUCAGCUUCCUCUCAGAGGACCUCCUCCCAGAGUCGCCAGACCAGAGUUGAGACAAGGAGUAUGGAGGCUCAUUUUGAAUCCUCAUCCAUGCAAAUGCAUGUUGAAGGUGGUGUAGUGAGCCAUCUAGCACACAAGACCCCACCACGUGUGCCCCCUAAGCCAACCUCAACCUCCAAGUCCCCAACACCAUCAUCUCUUGCAGCCAGGGUUGCAGGGGGACGUCAUCAGUCACCAUCACCUGUGAGACAUGUCAAGGCACCCACUCCGGCCCCUGUUAGGCCCGUAUCCCCCACUUCAAGACUGUCUGUGUCCCCAAUCAGACCAGUCAAAUCCCCACUGACCACACGCAAACAGGUAGCCCAUGGUCCUGAUGUCCUCCCACCAUGGAAGCAGGGAGACUUUGUUGAAGGGUCCAGCAGCUAUUCCAGCAGCAUGACUUCAAGUGCCACCCAUGCCCAGACUUCCAUGUCUGCCACUCAUGUUCACAUGGAGCAGCACUGGGAGGGCUCUUAUGGAUUGCAAACGACUGGGUCCGCUGUAUCUGGUGUCGCUGUGAGAGAGAUCGUUGAGACUGCAGCAGUCCCAUCACCUGCACAAGAGCCAGUUGUGCCACCUACUCUUGUAGCUGGAUUGAAGAACUUGACUGUGACUGAGGGUGAGUCUGUGACUCUGGAAUGCCAAAUCUCUGGUCACCCUGCCCCUGGCAUCAUGUGGUUCAGGGAGGACUACAGAAUUGAGAGCUCCAUUGACUUCCAGAUCACUUAUGAGAGUAAAUGUGCCCGUCUGGUCAUCCGCGAGGCCUUCGCAGAAGACAGCGGUCGCUUCACUUGCACUGCUACUAGCGAGGCUGGAACUAUCAGCACAUCCUGUUACCUGCUUGUCAAAGUAACCGAGGAGAUAGAGACCAGGGAAGAGAUGACACAACAAGGAACAGUCACUGUGUUUGACCUUACUACUCAAGAGAAACUCUUUACUGCUGAAGCGAAGGAGGAGACCAUGUCGGAGGUGAGCGCUGCCACCGCCACCGCAGGUUCACCAGUGGAUACUGCAGAUGCCGUAGCUCCCUUCUUUGUCAAGAAGCCUACUGUACAGAAGUUGGUGGAGGGCGGACGUGUUGUCUUUGAGUGCCAGAUCGGAGGCAACCCCAAGCCACACAUUUUUUGGAAGAAGAGUGGAGUGCCCCUUACUACAGGAUACAGAUAUAAAGUCCACUACAAUAAGGAAAGUGGAGUGUGUAAAUUGGAGAUCUCCAUGACGUUUGCUGAUGAUGCUGGAGAGUACUCCAUCUUUGCCAGGAACCCACUUGGAGAAGCCUCUGCCUCAGCUGGACUGCUGGAGGAAGGGGAAUAUGAAGAAUACAUGAAGAAACAUGAAAUGACAUAUAAGAGUGAAGUAAUUACAACGGUGCAGGUGGAUGUACCCCCUGUUGUUGUGAGCGAAUAUGACGACAACCAGAUGUAUAGGCAGAGGAGAAUGACACAGCAAGCACAAACACAAAGCUUUGUUUCAACGCAGGAACUCCAGAUUUCUUCCUUUGAGGAGAGGAUUAUCCAUGAGAUUGAGAUCCGCAUUCUGCAAAUUACCUACCAACAAAUUGUGACUGAGGAUCGGGAAGAGAUGGUGACUUGUGCAGAUCGUGAGGCUUUACAGUCAGCCUUUACCACUCCAGUUAAAAACUACAGGAUCAUGGAAGGAAUGGGUGUUACUUUCCACUGCAAAAUGGCAGGAACUCCACUGCCCAAGAUUGUGUGGUACAAAGAUGGCAAGCGUAUCCAUCAUGGUGGCCGUUACCAAAUGGAGAGUCUUCAGGAUGGUAGAGCCAGCCUGCGUCUUCCUGUGGUGCUGCCAGAGGAUGAGGGUGUUUACACAGCAUUAGCUAGCAACAUGAAGGGCAACUCUGUGAGCUCAGGGAAACUGUACGUGGAGCCCACUGCCGUUACAGGAGCUCAGAGUUACACGCCUGAACCUCAGGCAAUGCAGAGAAUUAGGUCCCAGUCCCCAAGAUCUCUGAGUCGCUCUCCCGGACGCUCUACUAGUCGCUCUCCCGCACGCUCCCCUGCUCGCAGGCUUGAUGACACUGAUGAGAGUCAGCUGGAGAGACUGUACAAGCCUGUGUUUGUCUUGAAGCCACAGUCAUUCAAGUGUGCUGAAGGGCAGACUGCCAGAUUUGACCUGAAAGUAGUUGGUAGACCCAUGCCUGACACCUUCUGGUUCCACAAUGGGCAACAAGUUGUCAAUGAUUACACACACAAGAUAGUGGUGAAGGAAGAUGGAACUCAGUCACUGAUUGUGGUUCCAGCCAUGCCCCAUGACUCUGGAGAGUGGACGGUAGUUGCUCAAAACAGAGCUGGAAAAAGCUCUGUGUCCAUGACACUUACAGUUGAUGCCAAAGAAAACUUGAUUAGACCCCAGUUUAUUGAGAAGCUGAAGAAUGUCAGUGUCAAGAAAGGAACUCUCGUUGAGUUGGCUGUCAAAGCCAUCGGAAACCCCCUGCCUGACAUUGUUUGGCUGAAAAACAGCGACAUCAUCUCCCCACAGAAGCACCCAAAUAUCAAGAUUGAGGGCAUCAAGGGAGAAGCCAAAUUCCAUAUCCCACAGUCGGUAAGCUCUGAUAGUGCCUGGUAUACAGCCACAGCCAUUAACAAAGCUGGAAGAGAUACCACUCGCUGCAGGGUCAACAUUGAGGUGGAUGCUGCUGAACCUGCGCCAGAGAGGAGAAUCAUUAUCACCAAAGGAACCUACAAGGCCAAGGACAUUGCAGCUCCAGAGUUGGAACCCCUGCAUCUCCGUUAUGGUCAAGAGCAGUGGGAGGAGGAUGACCUAUAUGACAAGGACAAGCAGCAGAAACCACAGUUCAAGAAGAAGCUGACUUCUGUCAGGCUGAAGCGUUUUGGCCCAGUCCAUUUUGAAUGCAGACUGACCCCAAUUGGUGAUCCCACUAUGGUGGUUGAGUGGUUGCAUGAUGGCAAACCACUGGCAGCUGCUAACAGAUUGCGCAUGGUUAAUGAAUUUGGCUACUGUAGUCUUGACUUUGAAGUUGCCUAUGCCAGAGAUAGUGGUGUCAUCACCUGCAGAGCCACUAACAAGUUUGGAGUUGACCAGACCUCAGCUACACUGAUUGUAAAGGAUGAGAAGAGCCUUGUUGAGGAGACUCAGUUACCUGAGGGCAGGAGGGAAAUACACAGAAUUGAUGAGAUGGAGCGCAUGGCUCACGAGGGAGGUCCUUCUGGAGUCACUGGGGAUGAGUAUUCAGAGAAGUCAAAGCCUGAAAUUGUCCUUCUUCCCGAGCCAGCAAGAGUGCUGGAAGGUGACAUUGCAAGAUUCCGUUGCAGAGUAAUCGGUUAUCCUACGCCUAAGGUUAACUGGUACCUCAAUGGACAGCUCAUUCGCAAGAGCAAGAGAAUGAGACUUCGCUAUGAUGGUAUUUACUAUCUUGAAAUUAUAGAUAUCAAGUCAUACGAUGCAGGAGAUGUCAAAGUGGUAGCAGAGAACCCAGAGGGCACAGCUGAGCAUCUGGUGAAGCUCGAGAUCACACAGAGAGAGGAUUUCAGAUCCAUUCUCCGUCGCGUCCCUGAACCAAAGGAACAUGAAAUUACUGAACAUGGGAGAGUUAGCUUUGAAGUUGUGAAGGUUGACAGACCAGCUGAUGCCCAGCCAAAGGAAGUUGUCAAACUGAGGAAGACUGAAAGAGUCAUCCAUGAGAAGUCCACAGAGGAGACCGACGAGUUGAAGAGCAAAUUUAAGCGCAGGACAGAGGAAGGUUAUUAUGAAGCCAUCACUGCUGUGGAGCUAAAGUCCAAAAGGAAGGAUGAGUCCUAUGAGGAUAUGCUUAGAAAGAGGAAGGAAGAACUGCUUCAUCACAUGAAAGAGUUGACUGAGGCUGAGAAGAAGAAAGAGAUGGAGGAGGGGCAACUCACCAUCCCCACAAUCAAACCAGAGAGAGUACAGCUCUCUCCCAGUAUGGAAGCUCCAAAGAUCUUGGAACGCAUUGCUAGCCAGACCGUGUCUCAGACCGAGGAAGUUCGCUUCAGAGUCAGAGUUGUCGGCAAACCAGAACCUGAGUGCCAGUGGUUCAAGAAUGGAAUUCUGCUGGAGAAGACAGAUCGUAUUUACUGGUACUGGCCUGAAGACCACGUGUGUGAAUUAGUGGUCAGAGAUGUCACAGCAGAAGACUCUGCUAGCAUCAUGGUCAAAGCAAUGAACAUUGCUGGAGAGACAUCAAGCCAUGCAUUCCUGCUGGUGCAAGCCAUUACAGUAAUUAGCUUCACUCAACAACUAGAGGAUGUGGAAUCUAAAGAGAAGGACACCAUGGCGACCUUUGAGUGUGAAACAAAUGAGCCUUUUGUCAAAGUCAAAUGGCUGAAGAACAAUGUUGAGAUUUUCUCUGGAGACAAAUACAGGAUGCACUCAGACAGAAAGGUUCAUUUCCUUUCUGUACUGAUCAUCAACAUGAAGGACGAUGCAGACUACAGUUGUGUUGUUGUUGAAGAUGACCACAUCAGGACCACUGCCAGACUCAAUGUGGAAGGUGCUUCACUGUCAAUUCUGAAGAGGCUGGAGAACAUUGAAGUGCCUGAGACCUACUCUGGGGAGUUUGAGGUUGAAUUAUCUCGAGAGGAUGCUGAAGGUACAUGGUACUUCAAUGACAAGGAAAUCACUCCCAGCAGCAAAUAUGUUACCUCCUCCCGUCGUGGACGCCAUGCCUUGACUGUCAAAGACGUCAAGAAAGAAGAUCAGGGGAAAUAUACAUUCAAAAUUGCUGAUAUGCAGACCAGUGCCUCCCUGAAGAUGAAACUGCGCCCUGUGACACUGAUGCAACCCCUCACUGACCUGACGAUCUGCGAGGGUGACAUCGCUCAGUUAGAAGUGCGAUUCUCUCAGGAAAACGUUGAGGGAACAUGGAUGAAAAAUGGCCAAGCAAUCUCCGCCACAGAUCGCAUCCACAUCGUUAUCGACAAACUGGUCCACAAGCUGCUUAUUGAAAACGUGAGCAGAGACGAUGCUGCAACAUACUCCUUCGUUGUCCCAGCUCAGGAUAUCUCCACCUCUGGGAAGUUGAACAUUCAAACGAUUGAUAUUUUGAGCCCACUCACUGAUAUUACCUCAGUUGAGGGCACCAAGGCUGUUAUUGAGGCUAAAAUCUCUGCUGCUGAUGUUACCUCUGUGAAAUGGUUCCACAAUGACAAGCUUGUGAUGCCCAGUGAGAGAAUCCAGAUGCUUGCAAAGGGAUCCAAACAGCGCCUGGUAUUCCACAGGACCUUUGCCUCUGAUGAAGGAACCUACAAGCUAUGUGUUGGCAAAGCUGACUCUAGCUGUAAACUGACUAUUGAAAAAAUUCACAUCACCAAGCAUAUGGAGGAUCAAGUUUGCACAGAGACCCAGAAUAUAACAUUUAAAGUUGAGGUUUCCCACCCUGGCAUUGCCGCUGUGUGGACCUUCAAGAAACAACCACUCAAAGCUAGUUCAAAGCAUAAGAUUGAGGCCAAGGGCAAAUAUUACAGCCUGACUGUCAUUAAUACCAUGAAGGAUGAAGAGGGACAAUACGCAUUCGCUGCUGGUGAACAGACAUCCAGCGCAAAGCUUACUGUGUCAGGUGGUGCCAUAAACAGACCACUCCAGGACGUGACUGUGGCUGACUCUCAGACAGCUGAGCUGGAGUGUGAGGUGGCCAACCCAACUGCUGAGGGCAAGUGGCUGAAGGAUGGACAACCCGUGGACUUCAGUGAUAAUGUCAAACAUAUGAACAAUGGAGCUGUCAGACGUCUUGUUAUUACCAUAACCAGACACAAUGACAUCGGUGAAUACACUUACCAGGUCGCAAACUCCAAGACAACAGCCAACCUGAGAGUUGAGGCUGUGAAAGUCAAGAAGACCCUGAAGAACCAAACUGUCACUGAGACACAGGAGGCAGAGUUCAGUCUUGAGCUCACCCACAAGAAUGUGAAGGGCUCACAAUGGAUUAAGAAUGGUAUAGAGAUCAAACCUAGUGAGAAAUAUGAAAUCACAACUGAUGGCAUGGUCCACACCUUGAAGAUCAAGAACUGCGACACACGCGAUGAAUCAGUUUAUGGAUUCAAACUUGGGAAACUAUCUGCUAAUGCCAGAUUGAACGUUGAGACAAUCAAGAUUGUGAAGAAGCCUAAAGAUGUGACAUCACUAUUGGAUGCCACUGCCUCUUUUGAGCUGAGUCUGUCCCAUGAUGACAUCCCUAUCAAAUGGAUGUUCAAUAACAAGGAGCUUAAACCAAGUGAAAACGUCAAAAUACUGUCUGAGAGAAAAGCUCACAAGCUGACCAUCCAGAAUGUGAAGACUGACAACCAUGGAGAGUACACAGCUGUAGUUGGAAACCUGCAAUGCAGCGCAUCUUUAUAUGUUGAAGCUCUGCGUGUCACAAAACCCAUCAAGAACAUUGAAGUCCCAGAGACCCAUGUGGCCACUUUUGAAUGUGAAGUUUCACACUUCAAUGUCCCAUCCACCUGGCUGAAAAAUGGAGUGGAGAUUGAAAUGAGUGAAAAGUUCAGGAUUGUGAUGCAGGGCAAACUUCACCAGCUCAAGAUCAUGAACACUAGCAGAGAAGACUCGGCAGAAUACACUUUUGUCUGUGGAAAUGACAGAGUCUCAGCCACUUUGACCGUCAAUGCCAUUUUGAUCACCUCCAUGCUGAAAGACCUCAAUGCACAGGAGAAAGACACAAUCACAUUUGAAGUGAAUGUCAACUAUGAGGGCAUCACCUACAAGUGGCUCAAGAAUGGUGUUGAGAUUCCCUCCACAGAAAGAUGCCAGAGCCGAACCAAACAGCUAACUCACUUGCUCACCAUCCGAAAUGUUCAUUUUGGUGAUAGUGCGGAGUACAAGUUUGUGGCUGGUUCUGCUGCGUCAUCAGCAAAGCUUUAUGUUGAUGCUCGCGUUAUUGAAUUCACCAAGCAUAUCAAAGAUAUCAAGAUUACAGAGAAGAAGAGGGCCACUUUUGAAUGUGAGAUCUCUGAGCCUAAUGUUCAGGUGAUGUGGAUGAAAGAUGGACAGGAGCUGGACAGUUCCGAAAGAUACACCGUAUCCACUGAGAAAUUCCUGCACCGUCUAAUGAUCCAGUCAGUCCGCAUGUCUGAUGCCGGAGAGUAUUCUGUUGUUGCUGGUACAAGCAUGUCAAAGGCUUAUCUCACCGUGGAGGGCAAAGAUGUCCGCAUUACAGAGCCUGCUGAGAAGAAAAUGACGGUUGUUGAGAAACAAAGAACGACAUUUGAGUUUGAAGUCAAUGAGGAUGACAUUGAAGGUCGCUGGCUGAGGAACGGUGUUGAGCUCCAGUUUUCCGUUGAGCAGAGGUUCAGCUAUGUUUGCAUUAGAAAGCUCCAUCGUCUGACCAUAACUGAGACCUACAGAAGUGAUGCAGGAGAAUACACCUUCAUCGCUGGCAGGAACAGGAGCGUUGUGACACUUUAUGUCAACAUCCCUGAGCCACCUCAGAUCAUUAACCACAUGCAGCCCCUGUCUGUAGAGGCUGGCAAACCUGCUCGCUUCUCUGUGGAAGUGACUGGCGUCCCCCAGCCCCAGGUGUUCUGGUACAAGAACUCCCAGGCUCUCUCCCCAGGCUUCAAGUGCAAGUUCCUGCGUGAUGGGAAUGAGCACUGUCUGCUACUCAUUGAAGUGUUCCCAGAAGAUGCAGCAGUCUACAACUGUGAGGCCAAGAAUGAGGGUGGUGUUGCCACCAGUUCAGCUGCACUGAAUGUAGAAGUUUCAGAAGUUGUUUCUCCUGACACUGGAGCUCCUCUGUCCCCACCUACCAUCGUCUCACCAAUCAGCAACACCUCAACCACUGAGGGAGAGUCUGCCAGAUUCCAGUGCAAAGUUACUGGAGAAGCUCUGAAGAUGUCCUGGUACCGUGGUGAGAAGGAAAUUAAGCAGUCAGACUUCUUCAGGAUUUCUACGUUUGAUGACACCUGCCAGCUGGAGAUCACCAGAGUGUACUCGGAGGAUGAGGGGGAAUACACCUGUGUUGCCAGAAACACGGCAGGAAUGGUCACAUGCUCUGCACAUUUGAAACUUGAUGUAACCCAUAUGAAGGAAGAGAUUGAAGCAACCAUUGAGCAGGAAGUCAAAGUGCCACCUGUUUUCAGGUACAAAAUUGUUCCCCUGGAGAUCAAUGUUGGCAGCAGAGCCAAGUUUGAAUGUGAAAUUGAAGAGGCACCAAAUGUGACCUUCAAAUGGUUCAAGUCUGGCACUUCAAUCAAAGAGAGUGCAAAUUGUCACAUCCUCACUCGGCAACUGACAUCUUCAUUGGAGCUUCUGAGCCCAACCAAAGCCGACAGUGGUGAAUACACCUGCAAGGCUACAAACCAGCAUGGCAGUGACACCUGUGCCGCCAAACUGACAGUGACUGAACCUCCUGAAUUUGUGCUGAAAUUGCCAGUCACAAAGUUUGUGAAGACGUGUGAGCCACUCCGUCUUGAAUGCAAAGUUACGGGUGCGCCCUCUCUGCGAAUGCAAUGGUACAAAAAUGACACUAAGAUCACAGAUGGUGACAACUAUAGAACUUCAUUCGUUGACUCAAUGGCAUUCCUUGAGCUGCACACCACAAGAUUUGAAGACAAUGGAGUCUACACUUGUGAAGCAACCAAUGAAGCUGGAAGCAUAAGCUGCAGCACAACUCUUACAGUCAAAGACCCACCAUCUUUCCUCAAAGUACCUCAGCCAAUUGAAGGAAUGAAAGGAAAGGAUGCUAGCCUACACUGUGAGAUAAUUGGCACAGCACCCUUUGAGAUUACCUGGUCCAAAGACAAAACAGCACUAAAAGAAAGUAGGAAAUAUAAGAUGGUGAAUGAGGGUACCUCUGCCACUCUUCAUAUCAUUGGAUUGGAAGCCUCAGAUGUUGGAGAAUAUGAGUGCAAGGCAUCAAACAGUGUAGGAUAUGAAACAUGCCAUACUACAGUUAAACUCAGAGAACCACCUACGUUUGUGAAGAAAUUGUCAAAUACAACAUGCAUAUUGGGUGAAGAAGUCACCCUGACAGCCACUGUCAAAGGCUCUCAGCCAAUGACUGCGUCUUGGGUACAGGAUAAGGAUCACAUUCUCAGAGAUGGUGACAACCGGAAAAUUACCUUUGACAACAACCAGGUCACUCUUAAAGUCUUUAAAGCAGAUUUACUUGCAAUGGGAAAAUACACCUGCCAACUCAGAAAUGAUGCCGGAGUUGUGGAAUGUUUUGCUAACUUGACUGUAUUAGAACCAGCUAAAGUUGUGGAUAGACCAGAGUCUUUCAGUGUGACUGCAGGUGAUAUUGCAGCUUUAGAAGUCAAAGUGUCGGGGACACCAGAGCUGAAACCAAAAUGGUUUAAGGAUGGAGUCGAGCUCUCCUCUGGCCAGAAGUACAAAAUCUCAUUCUCAAAGAUGAUCUCCAGCUUGAAAGUUUUGUCUGCUGAAAGAAUUGAUACAGGAGAAUAUACAUUUGAGGUCAAAAAUGAGGUUGGCAGUGAUCUCACCAAAUUAAACCUCACUGUACUAGAUAAAACCAUACCUCCAACAUUUACACGGAAAUUGAAGGAUUAUCAAGCUAUUGUUGGAAAAGCUGGUGAAAUGGACUGCAAAGUCUCUGGUUCCGCACCUUUCACCAUUACCUGGUACCAUGAUGGAGAGGAGAUCAAAACUGGACCAAACUAUGAGAUUGCAUUCAGUGACAACAACUGCACGCUCAAAGUGCCCACUCUUAAGUUGUCAGACUCCGGAGUGUAUAAAUGCAAAGCCGUAAACAAGGCAGGAACCAAUGAGACCAGUGCCUCUUUCAUUGUGAAAGAACCUCCUUCUUUCGUGAUGCCACCUCAGCCAUUGGAAGCCAUGCCUGGCACAAAUGUUUUGUUCUCAGCAAUUGUCAAAGGAAGUGCCCCACUGAAACUGAAAUGGUUCAGAGGCACCAAGCAAAUUUUGUCUGGAAAAGGCUAUGAAAUUGCUCUGCGGGACAAUACAGCUACUAUGGAGCUAUUUAAAAUUGACAAAUCCCACGCUGGAGAAUAUACAUGCCAGAUUAUUAAUGAUGCUGGGAAGGAAAGUUGCCCGGUAAACCUGUCUGUGAAAGAACCUGCGCGCUUUGUUAAGAAGCUGAAGGACCAUUCUGUGGAAAAGGGGAAAUCAUUGAUACUUGAGUGCACAUACACUGGAACCCCAAAAAUAUUUGUCACCUGGUAUAAGGACGGCAAACAGCUAUAUGCCUCUUAUAAGCACAAUGUCACUACCACUGAGACCUCCUGUAUCCUGGAGUGUUUAAACAGUGAUGAUAAGGAAGCAAGUGGGGAAUACUCUUGUGAAGUGUCCAAUGAUGCUGGAAAGGAUACCUGCAAAGCACAAGUGUCCAUCUUAGAACCACCUUAUUUCAUUGAGAAUUUGGAGCCAAUGGAAGUGACUGCUGGUGAUGCAGUUUGUUUGAAAUGCCAUGUCGGCGGAACCCCUGAAAUAAAGGUGGCUUGGUUUAAGGCCGACGGAAAAGUGAGGUCCACCCCUACUUGCAAAAUAGAAUAUUCCAAAGGAAUUGCUUGCUUAAAACUGAGCAAAGCAGCCAAGGCUGAUAUUGGUGAAUACACAUGCAAAGCAGAAAACAACAUAGGAUCAGCCUCAUCCACCUGCCGUCUCUCUGUCCAAGAGGCAAAAACGCCACCUACCUUCCCCAAGAAAAUAACCAGUCUUCAACAGACUGAAGGAAUGGAAGUCAAAUUUGAGUGCCGUGUGGCAGGCUCCUCACCCAUUGAGGUCUCUUGGCUUAAAGACGGUGAAACUGUGAAAUCCAACGACUAUACCAUGAGUUAUGAUGAUAACACUGCUGCCCUAAAAAUAGCCAGAGGUGAAAUGAGGCACUCUGGGGAAUACACUUGUGUUGCUACCAACAGUGUUGGGACUGCAUCCUGCAGAGCCAAACUCACUCUUCAAGAGCCAAGAUAUCCCCCUGUCUUUGAUAAAACGCUGUCACCCGUGGUGGAUAUUUCAGUGGGUGAUAGUGUGGAAUUGGAAUGCCACAUGACUGGAUCUUUGCCAAUAAAAGUAACUUGGUCAAAGGAUCACAAAGAUAUUCGAUCAGGGGGAAAUUACAAGAUGUCCUGCGUGGAUAACACCCCACACCUUACUAUAUUGAAAGCAGCUAAAGCAGACUCUGGCCGCUACUUUUGCCAUGCCACUAAUGACAUUGGAAAGGACUCUUGUUCCACUGAAAUUACUGUCAAAGAGCGCAAAAUCCCACCUACAUUCACGAAAAAGCCCACAGAGACCCUUGAGGAUACAGAGGGCAAGAUGGUGAAAAUUGAGGCACGUUUGUCUGGUUCUCAGCCCAUGACCAUCAAUUGGUACAAAGAUGACAGUGAGAGUCACAGCUCUGAUCACUAUGACAUGUCCUUCAAGAGCAAUGUGGCUGUGUUGUGUAUCAAGAGCUCCAAAGUCUCAGACUCUGGCAGAUAUACCUGCAAAGCCACCAAUGAAGCUGGCACUGCCUCUUGCGAAGUGACAGUUACCAUAACUGAACACAAGAAGCCCCCUACAUUUGACCCAGCUCUCAAACCUGUCACGCUGACCGAGGGAGAGAACCUGCAUCUUAGCUGUCAUGUCCAUGGAUCCCCUCCUAUGAAGAUUCAGUGGAUGAAGGACAGAAAAGACUUGAAAAACACUUCCAGCACUAAAAUCAUUUUCGCCGAUGACGUUGCCUCUUUGGAGGUCAUGCGCGUAUCAAAGAAUGAUGCAGGGGACUAUCUCUGCAAGGCAACCAAUGAAGCUGGUAGUGAAUUCUGCAAGGCCAAAGUGACUAUCAAAGAGAAAUCCAAAGCAGUACCUAAACCCGCUGAUGAGGAAUCAACAGCAGCACCAGUAAAGAAACUGGACAAUUUGUUCUUCAUCGAGGAGCCCAAGCCUUGCCAUGUAGCCGAGAAGGGCAUUGCAACGUUCAUCGCCAAAGUUGGAGGGGAUCCCAUUCCUAACGUGAAAUGGAUGAAGGGGAAGUGGAGGCAGAUCACUCAUGGUGGUCGCAUCACUAUUGAGCAGAAAGGCCCAGAUGCCAAGUUGGAGAUCAGAGAAAUAACAAAGUCUGACUCCGGACAGUACAGAUGCGUUGCAUCUAACAAAAAUGGAGAAAUAGAAUGCAACACCGACAUGCAUGUUGAGGAAAAGAAAGAAGUCGCCGGAGUUGAGGGAGACUUCAGAGCAAAACUGAAGAAGACUCCAUCUAAGCAGAAGAGUCCUCAGGAAGAGAAAGACAUUGACAUUGUAGAGUUGCUCAGAAAUGUGGACCCUAAGGAGUAUGAGAAAUACGCCCGCAUGUAUGGAAUUACUGACUACCGUGGACUUCUUCAGGCCAUUGAGCAGCUGAAGCGGGAGAAAGCAGAAGAAAGUGGAAGACCGGAACCGGAGAGAGAGAGAGAAUCGGACGAGGAUUUGGCCGCUCUUGUGGCUGAUUUGCAAAAGAGAAUGGAACGUACUGAGCCUGUCACCGUGAAUAAGGACAUAACAGAUCAAUCUACAGUCACCAACAAGGUCGCCACCUUUGAGUGUGACAUCAAGAUCAACUUUCCAGAGAUCACCCUGUCCUGGUACAAGGGAACUCAGAAGCUUGACAACAAUGAAAAAUACGAAAUCAACAUUGUUGGUGACCGUCACAUUCUGAAGAUCAAGCAGUGUCAAACUAAAGACCAGGGCAACUACCGUGUUGUAUGUGGCCCACAUAUCUCCAGUGCCAAAUUGACUGUUAUCGAGCCUGAGGUUGAGAAACAUCUGGAGGAAGUUGCUGGUAAGGAGGGGCAAACAUGUACACUGUCUUGCCAGUUUUCUAUCCCUAAUGUCAAAACACAGUGGUUUAAGAAUGGAAAGCUUUUAGAAAUUAAGGGCAGAUACUCGUAUGAGGUGGUCAACAAGAUUCAGAGGCUCUCGAUUAAAGACCUCCGACCAGAAGACCACGGACGUUAUACCUGCAGAUAUGACAACCUUGAAUCAACUGCAGAUCUAUGGGUUGAAGCUGAACAAAUUCACUUCACCAAACGUAUCCAGAACAUUGUGGUGGGCGAACGCCAAGCAGCCACCUUCGAAUGCGAGGUGUCUUUCGACAAUGCCAUCGUUACAUGGUACAAAGACACUUGGGAACUCAGAGAGUGCCCAAAGUAUAACUUCAGAAGCGAAGGCAGAAGACACUUUAUGAUCAUCCGCAAUGUAACCAAUGAAGAUGAAGGCGUUUACUCGGUCAUUGUGAGGUUGGAACCCAGAGGGGAAGCUAAAAGCACAGCUGAGCUUUAUCUUUCAGGCAAAGAAAUUGAAUUAGCAAGGGUACCCUAUGAUGUCCCUGAUUCAUCAAUACGAAUCCCUGAUAUGCCAUCUUCAGUUACUCUCAAAGAAUCUUCUGAAUACUAUUAUGAAGAAGAGAUGGAAAUGAGAGAGUAUGAAAGCUGGACAGAAGAGACAGUAGUGCAGAAAAUCUCUACAACCACAGCCCCGAGAGUACCUGUUGAGGAAGAGUCCGUCCAGAGUAAGAAGGUUGGAAUGAGGGAGGAAAUGCCACAAAAAGUUUCUGAAGCUCACAAGAAACCCGAGGACAAGGCUAAACCAGCUGAGGCAGCAGCACCACAUAAAGUACCUGAAGCCAAAAAGCCAGUGGAGGAGAAGAUAACUGCAGAGGUUGUCCCAGAGAAACAUCCCUCUCCAAAAGAAGAGCAUGAAGAAGCAAAGAAGCUUUUCCAUAAGCCAGCUGAGAAACCUGAACAGGUUCCCUUAAAGAAAGAUGUCCCUCAAGCUGCACCCCAUGUUGCGGAGCCAGAAGCUGAGUCAAAACCAGAGCCUAAAGUUUCACCUGUGGCUAAGGUUGAACCUGAACUGAAGGGUGCACCUAUAAAGAAACCAGAGAGUCCACCAUCCAAAGUUCCUGAGAAAGCUAAGAAACCAGAGGCUUCAAAACCAGAACCAGGAAAGCUAGCGGCAGUUAAAAAGCCAGAGACCGCAUCUACUCCUUCUCCAAAGGAGCCAGAGCCUACUCCUGCUGCAAAGAAGGUCCCAUCACCACAAGUGCCAGAAGCACAAAAAAGACAGGAGGUAACUCUGCAGCAACCAGCUACCAUCCCUCAAAAAGUGGACAGAGAGGACAUAGAGCCUCAAAUACAACCUGUGCCAGAACAAGUUCACGUGGAAGAAAGAAAACCAGAACCUGAAUCCGUUAUUGUGAUUCCAAAGGAGGAUACACUGCAAAAAGUAUUGGAGCCCAAACAAAAACCUGUACCUGUUGAGAGAGUACCUGAGAAAAAACCUACUGAAAAGGUACCUGUUGCUAAACCUAAAAAGGAGAUGGAAGAAGAAAAGAAAGUUCCAACUUCAGAAAUAGAAGUUAUGCCACAAAGAAAAGGAACUCCGCCAGACACAGUUCCAGCAAAGGAAUCACCUCCAAAGCCUGCUGAGCCUCUUGCAAAGAAAGUGCCUACACCAGAGAAAACGGCUAUUGCUGAAGAGGUGGAGUCACCUCGAAAGCCUGCUGAGCCACUUCUUAAGAAAGUGUCUUUGCCAGAGUCUAAGCCAGAGCCUAAGUCUGAGCCUAAGCCAGAGAGGAAGGCUGUUGCUGAGCCUCCAAAGCCAGCAGAGCCACUUGUAAAGAAAGUGUCUAAGCCAGAGUCUAAGCCAGAGAAGAAGGCUGUUGCUGAAGUGGUGACUCUGUCAAGUGAAGAUGUUGCUGCCCAAAAAGUACCAAUAAAGGAGAACGAAACAUCUCCAAAGCCCACUGAGCCACUUGCAAAGAAAGUCAGUCCUCUUGAAGCUCCUCAAGAUAAGAAAAAGACUACAGAGGAAACAAAGCCGGCCUUCCAAGUGCAAGACCAAGAUGAUACGGAGACAGGUGAAGGCAAGCAGGCACCUGGACCAGCUAAGAAAGUUCUCCGACAAAAAGCAAAAAUUCAUGUUGAAGAAGAAGAAACACUUGUACUGCCAACCUUGAAGAAAACAAGCAGGAGAUCCAAAGACGUGGAGCAAGAACAGGAGAUUAUAUCACUGAAGAAAGUGCCUUCAGUCCCCUUUGAAGAUCUGCCAGCACCACCAAAGAAACCUCCUCCGAAAAUUACGAAGCAUACAAUCCAUGACUUUGAAGAGAGAGUGUAUGAAGAAACUGAAGUAACAAUAUAUGAAAGGUAUGAGGCAGAGCAAAUCAGCAAGACAGAUAAAAUCAGCCAGAUACCUGAUGGAGCUAAAGGAAAGACACCUAAAGAGGUUGAACCAAAAGACUCAAUUGAGGACAAAUGGUCUCGGAAGACCAUUCCCAGAGAUGAAAAAGAAGAGGACAAAAUUACUUUGAAGAAAACUCCCAAGGGUAUGAAAGAAGAGGCAGCAACAGACCCCAGUUUAGCCUUAAAGAAAGUGUCCAGAUUGCCAUCAGAUGAAAAAGGAGAAGAAACUGUGAAGUUAAAACCGUUCCAAAAAUCUCCUAAAGCAGGGACUGUUGAGCCAGAGAAGGACAAGGACAAAGAUAAGGAAUCUGGGGCUUUCAAAAGAGGUGAGAGACCACCAAGAGAUGAAGACAUCAAAGAACCUGUUGAUCGUAAGAAAGCUGAUAGAGUUCCUAGUGCUAAAGAAGAGCCACAGGCAGUCAAAUUAAAACCAGUGACCAAAGAUCCUGAAGAUGAACAAGUCCAGGAUUCGGACAAACCACUGACAAAGGUGAAAAGGAUCCCAACACAGGAGCAAGAGAAGGAAGAUGUUAAAUUGAAGCCAUUUUCAAAGUCACCUAAAGCUGAUACUGAAGCUGUGAAGCCAGAGAAGGAGCCUGAGAAGAAGAAAGAGGCUCAAAAAACCCUUAAACAAAAGCCAAGUCCUCCAAAGACAGCACCCAUAAAGAAAAUGGAAAAGAGUCCUCAAGAGGAAGAGCCAGUACAGUUAAAAAAGGUUGAGCAGGUGCCAAAAGAACCAGAGGACAAAGAAAAAGACAAACCCUCAAAGCAUGAAGAGACACUUAAGAAAAUGGUGGAACUGAAAAAGACUCCUUCACCUAAGGUUGAAAAACCAAAGCCAAAAGAAAUAGAAAAAAUUACUAUGGAGAGGAAGCCUAGUGCAGAAAGGACCAAAAAGCUGCCCAAAGAAGUUUCACCAAAAGAUUCAUUUGAAGGUGUUACCCUCAAAAAAGUUCCAAAGAAAUCACCACAAGAGGAAACUGAUGGAGCACCACUGAAGAAGGUGCCAGCAAUGAAAGAGCUUUCCCCUAAAGCUGUACAGUUACGAAAGAUCUCGACUCAGCUGGAGGAGGAAGUAUUUGAGGAGGAGCCAGAUGUUGAGGAGGAAUCUGACAGUGAAGGUUGGGGAUGGGAACUUGCCCCUCAUGAUAGUCCUGGAUCCACAGAAGACUUGGGAGAGGAAGGUGAUGCACUUGGAAUGCCAAGACGAGAUGGAAAGCCAGCAGAAGAAGCUGGUGCAGGCAGAGGUAGAGGUAGAGGUAGAGGCCUCAAAGCAGGCAAAACCCCAUCCCCUGGUGAAGGCAGGGGUAGAGGACUGAAACCCGGUGGUGGAGGAGACAAGCCACCCGAUGCUAAUCCUUUUGGAUUCCAGCUUAAAGCAGUUCCACUGAAGUUCACGAAACCGCUCAAAGACAUAGUGUUACAAGAAGGUGAUGCUGUUGGUGCUUCUGCUACGUUUGAGUGUGAGGUUUCACCUUCUACUGCAGUAACUACAUGGAUGAAAGAUGACAGCAACCUAAGAGAGAGUCCAAAACACAAAUUCACCUCUGAUGGCAAAGAUCGCAGACUAGCCAUUAUUGACGUCCAACUUAUUGACACUGGAGAAUAUACUUGUGUGGCCAAGCUUGGCAACAAGGAAAAGACAACAACCGCCAAACUCAUUGUUGAAGAACUGCCCGUGAAGUGGGUGAAGGAGCUGGAUGAGGAGACGUCGGUCCUGAAGGGGCAGCCUAUGUACCUGACCUGUGAAUUGAACAAGGAGAGAGAAGUGACCUGGAUGAAGAGUGGUAAUGUCCUCAAAGUAAUCCCUGGAAAGGUGGCCAUCAACGUCAUUGGAAUGCAACAUGCCGUUACGAUCCAGAACACGGGCGAUGACGACGCUGGAAUCUACGCAUGCGAGUGUGAACUCAUCAGGACUAAAACAACUGUCAAAAUCAUUGAAAUUGUCAGAGACUGGUUGGUGAAACCAUUGAGAGAUCAGCAUGUGAAACCCAAGGCCACUGCCAUUUUCAAGUGUGAGCUCUUCAAAGAAACCCCCAACUGGAAGUUUUUCAAAGGCAACGAUGAGAUUACUAAUGAUCCUACUGACAAGACUGAGGUCAAGAAAGAAGGAAAAGUCUUGACUCUCACAAUAAAGAAUGCACAGCCCGAUGAUAUUGCAGAAUAUGCCAUGGAAGUUGAAGGCCACAGAUACACAGCUAAACUGACUCUUGGAGAACGUGAAGCUGAGAUCUUGAAACCACUCUCCAGUUGUGAGGUGGUCGAGAAAGAGGAUGUUACGUUUGAAACUGAGAUAUCUGAAGAGGAUGUGCCUGGAGAAUGGAAACAUAAAGGGCAGGUCUUAACAAGAUCACCGACAUGUGAGAUCAAAAUGGAGGGCAAGAAACGUUUCCUCACUCUGAAAAGUGUUCCGCUGGACGCGUCUGGUGAAGUGUCUUAUACAGCUCUGAAUGCUGUCACUAGUGCUGUGCUCACAGUUAAGGAACUGGAAAUGGACUUCACAGUCCCCUUAAAGGACGUGUCAGUACCUGAAAAGAAACAGGCUAUGUUUGAGUGUACUAUCACAAAGGAUGUGCCUAAAGUCAUGUGGUUUAAGGGUUCUGACACCAUUGGUACAUCAGACAAAAAAUAUGAAAUAAUCGAUGAUGGAAAAAAACACAUGUUGGUCAUAAACAAAUGUGAGUUUGAUGAUGAGGGAAAUUACAGUAUUGAGGCCUUGGGCAAAAAUUCAACCGCUAAACUCACUGUGGAGGGUAUGAGGCUCAAAUUUGAAUUGCCACUUCAGGACCAAACUGAGAAGGAAGGUAACACUGCUCGGUUUGAGCUUGAGCUCUCUCAUGAGAAUGUACCUGUGACAUGGUACAAAAAUGAAACCAAACUCCAUGUGAGCAGAACCGUGCUCAUCUAUAGUCGUGGAAAGAAACAUACACUAGAAAUCAAGGAGUUGACUCUAGAUGAUAUCUGCCAGAUUAAGGCAGAGGCUAAAGGAAUUCCCUCAAUGGCAAACCUGACGGUGAUAGAGGGUGAUGCAUACUUCGUAGUGAAGUUGCAGGAUUAUACUGCAGUCGAGAAAGACGAAAUAACUCUGGACUGUGAACUCAGCAAAGAUGUCCCAGUCAUGUGGUACCAUAAUGAGACUGAAAUUAAGGCCUCUAAGAUGGUAACCAUAAGGGCUGAAGCGAAUCGAAGAGUGUUGUCCAUUAAGAAACUGGAUGACAGAGAUAAGGGACAAUACGUAUGUGAUUGUGGAACGGACAAAACCAUGGCAAAUAUUAACAUAGAGGCUCGAGAUAUACAGAUAACUCGGCCAAUGUAUGGUGUUGAGCUCUAUGAUGGUGAGACCGCUCGCUUUGAGGUGGAAAUCUCAGAAGAUGAUGUCCAUGGCCAGUGGAAACUGAACGGAGAAAUCCUUACUCAAUCACCUGACAUUGAAAUCAUAGAGGACGGUGCAAAGCACACGUUGAUAUUGUACAACCUCAAGGCCCCCUUGUCAGGGGAGAUUGGAUUUACAGCUGCCAAUGCUAAAUGUGUUGCUAAUCUGAAAGUGAAAGAGAGUCCAAUUACAUUUGUCACACCUUUGAGUGAUGUGCAAGUGUAUGAAAAGGAUGAGGCCAGAUUUGAGUGUGAGGUGUCAAGAGAACCCAAGAGCUUCCGUUGGUUCAAGGGAUCUCAUGAGUUGACAGCUGAUGAUAAGUUUGAUAUUAUCAAUGAGGGAAAGAGACACACUCUGGUGGUCAAAUCUGCCGCAUAUGAGGAUGAAGCUAAGUACAUAUUUGAGGCAGAGGACAAGAGAACCACUGGCAAACUAGUUAUCCAAGGAAUUCGCCUUGAGUUUGUCAAGCCCAUUAAGGAUGUCACUGUCAAGGAGCGUGAGACGGCAGAGUUCAGUAUUGAAUUCUCACAUGACAACAUCCAGGUCACCUGGUACAAGAACGGUGUGCGUUUGCAUCCCAGCAAAGUUGUGCACAUGUCAGACGAUGGCAAGAUGCACAAAUUGACCUUCAAGGAGGUGUCCAUUGAUGACACAUCCAUGAUCAAAGUAGAAGCCAUGGGCAAAAGCUCAGAGGCCAUGCUCACAGUCCUCGAGGGAAAGCCUUACUUCACGACAAAACUGCACGACUACUCAGUCACUGAGAAGGAUGAACUGACAAUGGUUUGUGAACUGAGCAAGCCCAAUGCAGAGGUGAAAUGGUUCAAAGGUGGCCAGCAAAUCACUCCCUCCAAGAACGUGGCCAUCAAAGCCGAUGGAAAGAGGCGUAUGCUGAUCAUUAAGAAGACAGAGAAAGCCGACAUUGGAGAAUACACCUGUGAUUGUGAUUCGGACAAAACCACGGCCAAACUCAACAUUGAAGAGCGUGACAUUAAGUUUGUCAGGCCCCUGUACAGCGUGGAAGUCACAGAAACUGAAAUUGCCAAGUUUGAGACUGAGAUCUCUGAGGAGGAAGUACAUGGUCACUGGAAACUCAAAGGAGAGGCCCUUCAUCAGUCUGCUGACUGUGAGAUUAAGGAGGAGGGUACAAGGCAUGUGCUGAUCCUGUACAACGUUCGCAUGGAUCAGGCCGGAGAAGUUGACUUCCAGGCUGCCAAUGCUAAAUCCAAUGCUCAGCUUAGAGUUAAAGCGCGGGUGAUUGGCCUGCUGCGGCCGCUCAAGGAUGUUACUGUUACUGCCGGGGAAACCGCCACUUUCGACUGUGAACUGUCAUAUGAAGGAAUUGCUGUGGAAUGGCUCCUAGGGGGUACAAAGUUGGAGCCAAGUGACAGAGUGGUCACCCGAGCAGAAGGCAAAACUCACACUCUAACUCUCAGAGAUGUCAAGAUUUCAGAGGAUGGGGAAGUUAAACUCACUGCAAAGGAUUUCCAGAUUGAGGCCAGACUACAUGUGAAUGAGCCACCAGUUGAGUUCAGCAAGCCUCUGGAGGACCAGACAGUUGAGGAAGAGGCUACUGCUACUUUGGAGUGUGAAGUCUCCAGAGAAAAUGCUGAGGUCAGCUGGUUCCAGGACGGACAGGAGAUCCGCAAAACUAAGAAAUAUGACAUUGUUGCCGAUGGCCGCAAGAGAAGACUAAUCAUUCAUGGCUGCACUCUUGAUGAUUCAAAAACAUAUACCUGCGACGCCUCAGAAUUCAAAACCUCUUGCUUCCUUAACGUUGAACCUCCACAUGUUGAGUUCUCUAAGCCACUCCAUGAUGUUGAGGUCAAAGAAAAGGACUCUGCCAGAUUUGAAUGUGAAGUAUCUCGCGAAAAUGUCAAGGUCCGUUGGUUGAAGGACAGCAGUGAAAUCAGAAAGGGAAAGAAAUAUGAAAUAAUCGCCAAAGGUCGCCAACAUAUCCUCAUCAUCCACAAAUCAGUGUUUGAUGAUGAAGCAGAAUAUGAAUGUGACGCAAAGGUCUCCAAAUCCUCUGGCAUGCUUACAGUUGUUGAGGAAGAGGCUAGGUUCACCAGGAACCUGUCUAAUGUGGAGGGAACAGAAACAGACAGCAUGAAGAUGAUUUGUGAAGUGUCAAAGGCCGACGCUGAUGUCAUGUGGUAUAAGGGAGACCAGGAACUGCCCGAGGGAGGAAGAUACGAUCAGAUCGUAGACGGCAGGAAGAGGAUACUCAUCAUUCAGGAUCUGAAAACAGAUGAUGCUGGAGAGUACCAUUGCAAAUUGUCCAGCUCAAAGACAACUGGAAACCUGAAAAUAAAUGAACUGGCUGCUGAGUUUAUUGCCAAGCCUCAGAGCCAGGAGGUUGUUGAGGGAGAAAAGGCUGAGUUUGUCUGCACAGUCUCCAAAGACACAUUCAUUGUCAAAUGGAUGAAGGAUGAUAAGGAGCUAGAAAAAGGGGACAAGUACGACAUUGUCUGUGAUGGCAAGAGAAGAAUACUUGUUAUCAAGAACUCUGAACCCAAGGAUGAGGGAGCCUAUGUUGCCCUCAUUGGCACCACCAGAGCUACAGCUGACCUGUUAGUUCUUGAAAAACUCAGGAUCAUUACACCAAUCAAAGACACAGAAGCUAAAGAGGGACAAGAGAUUGUCUUCAACUGUGAGGUGAACUCCGAGGGAGCUAAAGCUAAGUGGCUGAAGAAAGAUGAGACCAUGUUUGAGAGCAGCAAGUUCGUCAUGAUCCAGAAAGACAACGUGUUCUCUCUGAGGAUCAAGGAUGCUGAGAAGUCAGAUGAAGGAAACUAUACUAUUACGUUGACAAACCACCGUGGUGAACAUGCCAAGAGCUCUGGCAAACUUACCGUAAAAGAGGAGAGUCUGAAGAUCAUUGUACCUCUUGAGGACUGCGACACACAGGAAAAGAAGACUGUUAGCUUCUCUUGCAAGGUCAACAGGCAGAAGGUUACUCUGAAAUGGAUGAAGGCUGGUCAGGAGAUCACCUUCAGCAAACGCAUCAUCUACAGGGUGGACCAAUACAAGCACACACUGACCAUCAAGGACUGUACUCUCGCUGAUGAGGGUGAAUACACCGCCAUGGCUGGUGAUGACAAGUCUACAGCUGAGCUGAUCAUCGGUGAAGCCCCCACUGACUUCUCCGCACAACUCAAAGACCAGACCAUCACUGAGUUUGAGGAUGCUGAGUUCACCUGCAAACUCACCAAGGAGAAGGCUGAGGUGAAAUGGUACAGGAAUGGACGUGAGAUCAGAGAGGGACCAAGGUACAUCUUUGAAAAAGAGGGCAAGACCUGCAGGCUGCGUAUCAAGGAGUGCAGACCAGAUGAUGAGUGUGAAUAUUCCUGUGGCGUCGAUGAAAGGAGAUCACAUGCACAUCUCUUUGUUGAAGAGACCGCAGUUGAGAUUGUCAGACCACCUCAGGAUGUGUUUGAGCCUCCAGGCUCAGAUAUUGUGUUUGAGGUGGAGCUCAACAAAGACAGAGUUGAGGUCAAGUGGUUGAGGAACAACAUGACCAUUGUCCAGGGUGACAAGUACCAGAUGAUGAGCGAGGGCAAGGUCCACAGACUCCAGGUGUGUGAGAUCAGACCUCGUGACCAGGGAGAGUACAGAAUCAUCGCCAAAGACAAGGAUGCCAGAGCCAAGCUGGAACUGGCAGCUAAGCCAAAUAUCAAGACUAUGGAUCAGAGCUUAGUAACAGACGCUGGAAAGCCCAUUGUCAUGUUCGUGCCCUACAGCGCGUAUCCUAUAGCUGAGGCUGAGUGGUUCUAUGAUAACGUCAGCCUACCCAAGGACAACAUCCACACCGUUGGGGACAGGACAGAGUACAGGCUGAAGGACCCUAAGAAGUCCGAUCAGGGACGUUACAAGGUUAUCAUCAAGAACAAACACGGACAGGGAGAGGCAUUCAUUAAUCUGGAUGUCAUUGAUGUCCCUGGACCUGUGAAGAGCCUUCAAGUGGUUGACACUGCCGAUGGUGAGGUCAGCCUGGCCUGGGAAGAGCCAGAGAGCGAUGGUGGCAGCAAGAUCGUUACAUACGUGGUGGAGAGGCGUGAUGUCAAGCGCAAGACAUGGACUCUUGCAACUGACCGCUCCGACGCUCCAGAAUACACUGUGACCGGACUCCAGAGGGAAUCCAUGUACCUAUUCCGUGUUUGUGCUCGCAACAGAGUGGGCAGUGGACCAAAUGUUGAGACAGAGAAACCUGGUGUUUAUGCCAAGAACAAGUUUGAUGUUCCUGAUGCUCCUCAGGAUGUGAGUGUUGGAAACGUGAGUAAGUUUGGUGCCACCGUCUCUUGGGAAAAACCAGUGUCUGACGGAGGGGCUGAGAUCACCUCCUACAUCAUUGAGUCCCGUGACAGGACCUCUGUGAAGUGGGCUGUGGCUAUGAUCAGUAAAGCAACAGAUCGCAGCGCAAUCAUCAACGACGUCAUUGAGAACAAGGAAUACAUAUUUCGUGUCAAGGCUGAAAACAAGGCUGGCGUUGGCAAGCCAAGUGCUGCUACCAAUCCAGUGAAGAUCAUGGACCCCAUUGAGAGGCCAAGCCCACCACAGAACCUGGUGCACUCAGAACAGAACAAGAACUCAGUCCAGCUGACAUGGGAGACCCCAUUGAAGAAUGGAGGCAGCAUGAUCACUGGCUACAUUAUUGAGAGAUGUGAGGACGGAACAAACCAUUGGCUCAGAUGCAAUGCCAGGCUCUGCCAGGAUCUCACCUACAAGAUAUCUGGCCUGAAAUAUGGCAAAAAAUACAACUACAGAGUGAUGGCUGAGAAUGCUGCAGGAGUGUCUGACCCAUCCAACACACUGGGACCCAUGCUGGCUGAUGAUACACAUGUUGGCCCCACAAUGGACCUGAGUGGAUUCAAGGAUGGCCUGGAGGUCAUUGUUCCCCAUCCCCUUACUAUCCGUGUCCCUAUCUCUGGAUAUCCCACACCACACGCAAAGUGGAGCUUCGCUGAUAAGGAACUCACUGCUGGUGAUCGUGUGUCCAUGAUUACAAAGAGUACCUACGUAGAACUGACCAUCUCUCCAAGUGUGCGUCCAGACAGAGGUGUAUAUGCUCUUACUCUGGAGAAUGAUAUUACCAGUUGCUCCGGAGAGAUUGAAGUCAACGUUAUCGCAUCCCCAAGUGCACCCAAAGACUUCAAGGUUGCCGAGGUGACCAGACAGCAUGUGCACCUGAUGUGGGAGGCACCAGAGCAUGAUGGAGGAAGCCCUCUGACUGGGUACCAGAUUGAGAAACGUGACGUAUCCCGCAAGACCUGGGUCAAGGUAAUCACUGGUGUUCAAGACCAGGAGUUCACUGUCACUGAUGUCGUUGAGGGUAAAGAGUAUCUGUUCAGGGUUACUGCCUGCAACAAGUGUGGCCCAGGAGAGCCUGCCUACAUUGACGAGCCAGUCAAUGUGUCCUCCCCUGCCACCGUGCCAGACCCACCUGAGAACCUGAAAUGGAGGGACAAGUCAGCAUCUGGCAUCUUCCUGACCUGGGAACCACCCAAGUGGGACGGUGGCACUGGAAUCAGGGGCUACAACAUAGAAAAGUGCCAGCGUGGCACAGACAAGUGGGAGUCCUGCGGAGAUCAGGUCUCUGAGUUGAAAUUGCAAGUGACUGGUCUCAUUGAGGGACAGUGGUACGCCUACCGUGUGAAGGCCUUGAACAGACUGGGUGCCAGCAAACCUUGCAAGGCUACAGAUGAGAUUUUGGCUGUUGAUCCUAAAGACCCCCCAGAGAUUCUUCUGGAUGUCAAGUGUCUUGCUGGACUGACCGCCAAAGCUGGAUCUAAGAUCGAGCUUCCAGCUGAUGUUCUUGGAAAGCCUGUACCUAAAGUGAAAUGGACCAAGGGUGACGUGGUCCUGAAGGGUGACGAUAGAGUUUCUAUUGACGACAAGCCUGGUCACUCCGUUGUUACUAUCAGCAAGACAACAAGAGAGGACACAGCUACCUACAUCAUUGAAGCACACAACAGCUGUGGCCGUGCUACUGCAACCGUUGACGUCUGCAUUCUAGAUAAGCCUGGUCCUCCAGCUGCAUUUGAUAUCUCUGAGAUCACCAACAAAUCCUGUUUCCUGGCCUGGAACCCUCCCAGAGAUGACGGAGGUGCAAAGGUCACCAACUACAUCGUGGAGAGGAGAGCCGCAGAAAGCGAGAUCUGGCACAAGCUCUCCUCCACUGUCAAAGAGACCAACUUCAAGGCCCUCAACCUGACGGCCUUCAAGGAAUACAUCUUCAGAGUGUUCGCUGAGAACCAGUUUGGUAUUGGAAUGCCAGCGGAACAUAUGCCAAUCAUUGCCAGAUACGCCUUUGAUUCUCCUGGUGCGCCAACCAAGCUGGAGCCUUCUGAUAUUGUUAAAGAUGGCCUGACUCUGAAUUGGUAUGAGCCUGAAGAGGAUGGUGGCAGUCCUAUCACUGGGUACUGGGUCGAGAGGUUUGAACCAGACCAGAACAGAUGGAUCAGAUGCAACAAGAUCCCAAUCAGAGACACAACAUACAGAGUCAAAGGACUACCCACAAGGAAGAAGUAUAAGUUCAGAGUCUUGGCUGAGAAUCUCGCCGGACCUGGAAAACCAAGCAAGGAAACUGACCAGAUCUUGGUCAAGGAUCCUAUUGAUCCUCCAUGGGCUCCUGGUAAGCCAACUGUCAAAGAUGUGGCCAAGACCACUGCCUUCCUGCAGUGGACCAAGCCUGAGCAUGACGGCGGUGCCAAGAUCGAGGGCUACAUCAUUGAGCUCCUGAAGAGUGGAACUGAGCAGUGGGUCCGUGUUUCAGAGGGAAUCAAUAUCCUGGAGCACUUCCUGAGAGGCCUGAUGGACAGACAGGAGUACUCCUUCAGGGUCAUUGCAGUCAACAUCGCUGGGGAGAGUGAUCCCAGCGAGCCUAGUGAUCCAGUUCUGUGCAAGGAGAGACUCAAUCCUCCUACACCCCCACGCUGGAUGGAGGUCAUCAACAUUUCCAGAAACAGUGCUGAGCUGAAGUGGACAGUACCAGAGAAGGAUGGUGGUUCACCCAUCACCAACUACAUUGUUGAGAAGAGGGACGUCAGGCGUAAGGGCUGGCAGGCUGUGGACACCACUGUGAAGGAGCUGAAGUACACUGUCACUCCACUGAACGAGGGCUCCCUCUAUGUGUUCCGUGUGGCUGCUGAGAAUGCUGUUGGACCCAGUGAAUUCUGUGAACUGGAAGACUCCAUUAUGGCUAAAGAUAUUUUCACUACCCCUGGACCACCAUAUAAUCUCUCUGUCCAUGGAGUGUCAAAGAGACAUGUUGACUUGCAAUGGGACGCCCCCAAGAAUGAUGGUGGCAAACCAGUUCUGAGAUACUCCAUUGAAAAGAAGGAGAAACUGGGCACCCGCUGGGUGAAGUGUGGUAAGACCUCAGGGGCUGACUGCAAGUACAGAGUGACAGACGUCAUUGAAGGAACCGAGGUUCAGUUCCUGGUUCGUGCUGAGAAUGAGGCCGGUGUUGGACAUCCUAGUGAACCAACAGAAAUCAUUGCUAUUGAAGAUCCAACAGGUGCACCCUCUCCUCCAAUUGAGCUUCACAUCACUGAAGCCAGCAGAGACCAUUUGUGUAUUGCUUGGAGACCACCAGAGAGAACUGGCGGCAGCCCUGUAACUGGCUACCAUAUCGAGCUCUGUGAGGCUGGUACUGAGAAGUGGAUGAGAAUCAACUCUCGCCCAAUCAAGGAGCUCAAAUACAAAACAGAGGAGGGCAUCAUCCCAGAGAAACAAUACGUCCUGAGAGUCCGUGCCAUAAACUCUGUUGGAGUUAGUGAGCCAUCUGAUAUCUCUGAGAAGGUCUAUGCCAAGGACCCUGACUGCAUCCCAAUCCUUGAGUUCCAGACUAAGGACAUUGUGAUUGUUGAGGGAGAGAAGUGGCAUCUCCCCAUCCCAUUCAGAGCAGUGCCCAAGCCCAAGAUCACCUGGCACAAAGACGGCAAGGAGCUGAAGGACGAUGAGAGAAUGAGCUUUAGACAGGAGUACCUCUCCUGCCACCUGGAGAUAGAGAGCUGUCUGCACGCAGACGCCGGCCAGUACAAGGUCACCCUGGAGAACUCCUUGGGAACUAGCAGCGGAACAAUCAAUGUUAAAGUUGUUGGCCUGCCCGGUCCCUGCAAAGACAUUGUUGCCAGUGAAAUCACCAAGAGCUCUUGCAAGGUUUCCUGGGAUCCUCCCAACUACGAUGGUGGCAGCCCUGUUCUCCACUAUGUGCUACAGCGCAGAGAGGCAGGCCGGAGGACCUACGUCAAUAUGAUGUCUGGAGAGAACAAAGUCAGCUGGCCGGUCAAGGAUCUGAUCCCCAAUGGAGAGUACUACUUCCGGGUCAAAGCUGUCAACAAGAUUGGUGGUGGGGAGUACCUUGAGCUCCGCAACCCCGUGAUCGCAGAGGAUCAGAAGCAGCGCCCUGACCCUCCAUUAGAUGUUGAAACCCACAACCCUACUUCUAAGACUAUCACCCUCACAUGGAAACCACCUAUGUAUGACGGGGGUUGCAAGAUUAUGGGCUACGUUCUGGAGAAGAUGAUGAAGGGUGAUGAGAACUUCACAAGAUGCAACGACUUCCUUGUGCCUGUGCUGUCCUACACAGUGAGGAAUCUCAGGGAGGGAAAACAAUACCAGUUCCGUGUACGAGCUGAGAACGCUGCCGGAGUCAGCGACCCAUCACGCAGCACACCAAUGGUGAAGGCUUCUGAUGCUGUUGAAACACCCAAGGUGUUCCUCAGUGGAAGCCUGCAGUCCGGUAUGAGCAUUAAGAGAGGUGCUGAGAUCAGACUGGACGCCAACAUCUCUGGAUCCCCAUACCCUCAAAUCACAUGGUACAGGAACGACGUUGUCAUCAGACCAGAAGCCAUGAAGAAGAGACCAGAGAAACCCAUCGUUAAGAAGAAGGAGGUGAAGAAGGAGGAAAAGAAGGAAGGAGAAAAGAAGGAAGAAGAAAAGAAGGAAGGAGAAGUAAAGGAGGGUGAAAAGAAGGAGGUGAAAGAUGGAGAAAAGAAGGAGGUCAAGGAGGGAGAGGUUGAAGCUCCAGCUGCAGAGCCUGCCCAUGAGGAGCCUGAGGAGGAACUCCCUGACUACCCAACCCUCCAGGAACGUCUCACCAUCCAUGACAAGAAGAGGGGAGAAUCCUCUUGCAUUGUCAGGGACACCAUCAGGGGUGACCAUGGCGUGUACACUAUCAAGGUCGAGAACGACCAUGGUAUUGCCUCUGCAACUUGUGAAGUCAAUGUGCUAGAUGCACCUGGUCCUGCAAUCAACUUCAGGUUUGAGGAGAUCAGGAAGAACUCUGUCAUCUGCAAGUGGGAUCCUCCCAUGGAUGAUGGUGGCAGUGAGAUCCUGAACUACACCUUGGAAAGGAAGGACAACUCCAAGGUGGAGAUCGGAUGGAUCACCGUAACCUCAACGCUCAGAGGAUGUAGAUACCCCGUGACCAAACUGAUAGAGAAGAAGGAGUACAUCUUCCGUGUCACUGCUGAGAACAAGUUUGGUCCUGGACCACCAUGUAUCUCUAAGCCAAUUAUUGCCAAGAAUCCAUUCGACCCACCAGAGGCUCCAGAGAAGCCUGAGAUUGACGGCAUCACAGCCAACUCCAUGCUGGUUACCUGGGAGGCGCCAAACGACAUGGGCAGUCCCAUCCUGGGUUACUGGGUGGAGCGUCGUGAGAUCAACAGCACCCACUGGACCAGAGUCAAUCGGGUCAUUUUGGAGGAUACGGAAAUUAACGUGGAAGGCCUACUGGAGGGUCUGACAUACAUCUUCAGGGUGGCUGCUGAGAACCAAGCUGGGCCUGGGAAGUUCAGCAUCCCAUCUGAUCCCAUGACAUGCCAGGAUCCAAUCUUGCCACCUGGGCCACCGUUCCCAAGAAUCCUUGACACCACUGAGUCUUCCAUCGACGUGGAAUGGGAUCCUCCUGCCUCCAACGGAGGUGGAGACAUCCUUGGAUACCAUGUUGACAAGACCCUAGCAGGCACCAAUGACUGGUCCCGCUCCACAGAGAGACCCUGGAAGACCCGGGCCUUCACUGUGUAUGGAGUCAGAGAAGGAGCCAAGUACCUGGUCCGUGUGAUCGCAGUCAAUGGAGCCGGUGAAGGAACUCCUGGCUUGACUGAAUCAGUCUUUGUCAGAGAUCCUAAAGAGGCUCCAGUUGUAGAGCUGGAUCUCACUGUGAGGAACGGCGUAAUGAUCAGAGCUGGGGAACCACUGAUUCUGCCUGCCCUGGUCACUGGUAGACCUCCUCCAGACAUCAAAUGGACCAAAGAUGACGGUCCACCUGACAAAGACCACGUCCAGAUAGAAAAUGUUGGAAAGGAAAGCAUUCUCAGUAUCAAGGCCGCCACGAGAAAGGAUCCUGGCAAAUACCAGAUCAGUGCCAGGAAUAGCAGCGGAAUCAAGUCUACAUGGACAAGGGUUGAUGUCAUGGAUGUUCCCGGGCCUGUGCUGGACCUGAAACCUGUGGUGGUAACCAGGAAGCUGAUGAUUCUGAACUGGUCCGAUCCUGAUGACGACGGUGGCAGUGAUCUGACCGGCUUCAUUAUUGAGAGAAGGGAUCCCAAGAUGCACACGUGGAGACAGCCCAUCGAGACACCCUCAUCUAAAUGUGAGAUUGUGGGUAUUGUUGAAGGACAGGAGUACAUCUUCCGGGUCGUGGCGAAGAACAAGUUUGGCUGUGGCCCUCCUGUUGAUCUGGGCCCUAUUGCUGCAGUGGAUCCAAAAGCUCCACCAACUUCGCCUGAGAGGUUCCACUACACUGAGAGGACAAAGACUUCCAUCAGCCUUGCCUGGAGACCUCCCCGCAACGAUGGAGGCAGCCCAAUCGUGGGCUACUUUGUUGAGAAGAAGAAGCACGACGCCCCAGCAUUUGAGCCUUGUAACACAGAGAUGUGCAAGGACCUCUUCAUGACCGUCGAGAACCUUGAGGAGCUGUUUAUGUAUGAGUUCCGUGUCAAGGCUGUCAAUUUGAUUGGACCAAGUGAACCUGGAAUUCCACUCACCAUUGUCAUUCAAGAUGAUGAAGUUCCUCCUACUGUGAGGAUGUUGAAGACCUUCAAGGGAGAUGCCAUCACCGUCAAGAAGGGAGAGCCUAUUGAAAUCCCUGCUGAGGUGACUGGUCUUCCAAUGCCCAAGGUUGAAUGGUUGAAGGAUGAAGUGAUUAUUGCAGAGCCCACUGAGACUCUGUUGAUGGAUACCAAGGAGGUCAACAGAGUCCAGUCCAACACCAAGCUCAGUAUCCCUGCAGCAGCCAGAUUGGACAAAGGCAUCUUUACAGUGACUGCCUCCAACCGUCUUGGGUCAGCUAGUCACACCAUCAAGGUUAAUGUGUUAGACCGUCCUCUGCCACCAAGGAAUGUGAAUAUUGGUAACAUCAAGGCUGAGUCCUGCAAGCUGACCUGGGACGCCCCAGAGGAUGACGGAGGAAGUGAGCUCACUAACUACAUUGUUGAGAAGCUGGACAUUCUUCCUGAGGAGGAACCUGAAGAAGAAUAUGAGGAUUCUGAGGAUGAGGAGCCUAAGCCUAAAACUGAGCCUAGACCCAUUCCUGUAUGGACGGUGAUCACCAACAGCAUCAUUGAGAAACGACUCGGGGUUUGGAAUCUGGAAAACGGUAGCCAGUACCAGUUCAGAGUGAGAGCAGAGAACAAGUAUGGACAGAGUGAUGCCUGCGAGACAGAGGCAGUCAUCAUCAAGGAUCUGUACGGACUCCCUGGUCCUCCAGAGAAACCAAAGAUCGCAGAGCAUACCAGGUCCUCCAUGCUUGUGACAUGGGACCCUCCACGAGACAACGGUGGAUCCACUAUCUCUGGCUACUGGCUGGAGAAGAGGGAGAAAGGUUCGUCUUAUUGGGCCCGGGUGAAUAAGGCCCCAGUGACCAAGCGCGGCCCUAAAGGCUGGGAGUUCCUGGUCGUUCGUAUGAUUGAGGGGUCUGCAUAUGAGUUCCGUGUCAUGGCUGUCAAUAUUGCCGGUAUUGGACCCCCCAGUGGACCUUCCGAUCCUGCAUACGCGGUGGACCCUCUUAUGAAACCUGGCAUGCCAGCACCACCAGAGGUUGCAGACAAAACCAAGCACAGUGUCAGCCUUACAUGGUCUCCACCUGAGAAAGACGGGGGAAGCCCCAUCAAGGGUUACAUUGUUGAGAUCCAGGAUGAAGGCAGCUCUAUCUGGAACAGGAUCACCGAUCUAGAGACUCUGCAUGAAACCACAGAGAUCACUGUCCCAAGUCUCAAAGAGCUGAAACACUACAAGUUCAGAGUCACAGCUGUCAAUGACAUCGGCGAGUCUGACCCAAGUCCCAAGACUGAAGUCCUAAUUGAGGACGUACAUGUGGAGCCGAAGAUCCUUAUUGAUUGCAUUGUGGAAGAUUUGCUCUGCGUCCGGGCUGGUCAUGCCUUCAGAAUCCCUGCCACCAUCAAAGGGCGUCCCGUUCCUAAGGUGACCUGGGAAUACACUGGACCAGCAAAGACCCACAAGAAGAAUCGCCUUCAUGUCCUUCCAGUUGAUUCAGAGAUUGAAUCUACUGAUACUACCUCGAACAUCACUGUACCUGUGUGCUUGAGGACCCACUCUGGAAGAUACACCAUCACAGCCAAGAACAAGGCUGGACAGAAACAUGUCAACGUCAGAGUCAAUGUUCUCGACGUGCCUGGUGCUCCUAGAGAGUUCAAAGUGACCGACAUCACCAGAGCUACCAUGAGGCUGAUCUGGAAACUGCCUACUAAUGAUGGUGGUGAGAGGAUCAAGAGUUACUUCAUUGAGAAGAAGAAUGUGACAGGAAAGGCCUGGACCAUCGUAAACCAGUGCUGUUUCAGCCAGGCCUAUGUUGUGGAGGGACUCCUGGAGGGACAGGAGUAUGUGUUCCGUGUGCGGGCAGAGAACCGUCUGGGAAUGGGACCUUUCACUGAGACCACUGAGCCUGCUAGGGCAAGAGACCCCAUCUACAUACCUGAUCCCCCAACCCACGUCAAGGUCAAUCUGGUAACCAAGGAUACAGUGACCCUGACAUGGGUGCCACCUAAGAACAACGGUGGUUCUCCUGUGACGCACUAUAUCAUUGAGCGUCUGAGCUGGGACACCAGCGGCCCGGAGAAAGAGACGUGGAAGCAGUGUAACAAGCGUAAUGUUGAGGAAACCAUCUUCAUCAUUGAAGAUCUUAAAAAUGGUGGAGAGUAUGAGUUCCGCGUCAAGGCUGUGAACGAGGCCGGCCCAAGCAGACCAUCUGCUACCGCUGGACCAAUCAUUAUUAAGGACCAGACAUGUGCUCCUACCAUUGAACUGAAGGAACAGAUGGAAGGUGAAGAGGGACUAGACGUCCAUAUUGUGGCUAGGAUCCAUGGCUGUCCAUUCCCCUCCCUCGUAUGGCAGAAGGCUCCCAUUGCCAAGCCUGAAGACAAGGCUGUAGUGCAAUAUGAUCAGCAUGUCAACAAGCUGGUCGUUGAUAACAAAUGUACGCUGCUGAUCCAGCAGUCCAAGAGAGACGACAGCUCCCUGUACACUAUCACUGCUAGCAACAGUCUGGGCAAAUCCUCUAAGGAAAUCAAACUCACUGUCCUAGGACGACCUGGCGUACCUGUCGGGCCAAUCGAAUUCAAAGAGGUGUUUGCCGAGAGGAUAACACUUGCAUGGAAACCACCUAGAGAUGAUGGUGGCUCCAAGGUUACAAACUACGUCAUUGAGAAGCGUGAGGAAAACAGAAAGUCAUGGGUGCACGUUUCCGACGACCCCAAAGAAGGCCUCUAUACAGUUCAGAGGCUGACUGAGGGCCAUGAGUAUGAGUUCCGUGUCAUGGCUCAGAACAAAUAUGGAGUUGGACCACCGCUGUACAGCGAACCUGAGAAAGCAAGGAAUCUCUUCACUGUCCCUGGCCAAGUUGAGAAGCCCAUAGUGGAAGACGUGACUCUUGAGUCAAUGGUGAUCGUCUGGGACGAGCCAAAAUACGACGGUGGAUCUCCAGUUAGUGGUUACUGGCUGGAGCGUAAAGAGACCACGGCUAAGCGCUGGACCAAAGUGAACCGCGCACCCAUCAGGGUCAUGCCCCUGGGUCAGGAGUAUGAGAUCACUGGUCUGCAGGAAGGAGCAAUCUACCAGUUCCGUGUGACCGCAAUCAACGCAGCUGGCAUGGGACUUCCUAGUGUCCCAUCGGAUCCAGUUCUUUCAAGAGACCCUAUUACUCUCCCCGGUCCCCCAACCCCCAAAGUGACAGACUGGACCAAGUCAACAGUGGAUCUGGAAUGGAUCCCACCUUUGAUUGAUGGUGGAUCUAAGGUCACUGGUUACUUUGUUGAAUACAUAAACGAGGAAAAAGAAGCAGAAAUUGAAAAACAGAAGGCAGCGGAAGCAGACAAAGUAGUAGUAAAAGAGAAAAAGGUUAAGAAAAUCAUAUUCGACGAAGAUGGAAAUGAAAUAUUAGAAUCAGAAGAAGAAGAAGAAGUAGUAGUGAUAAAAGACGGAUGGGAAAAGGCUAAAGACAAGGAGAUUCGAGGCACUAAGUUUGUUGUGUCUGGACUGAAAGAGCUGGGAAGGUACAAGUUCAGAGUGAGGGCAGUGAACGCUGCUGGCGUCGGUGAGCCCGGUCAAGUGGCCGAAGUGAUUGAAUGCAAGGACAGAACAAUUGCCCCUGAAGUGGACUUGGAUGCCACAGUGAAGGAAAAGAUUGUAGUCCAUGCUGGUGGUACCAUCCGCCUCCUGGCCUACGUGUCAGGCAAGCCGGCACCAGAGAUCACAUGGAACAGAGACGACCAGCCUCUACCAGCAGAGGCUAAGGUUGAAACCACGUCAAUCAGCUCUGCUCUGGUUAUCAAAAACUGCAGACGCCAUCACCAGGGUAUAUACACCCUUAUUGCAAAGAAUGAAGGAGGGGAAAGGAAGAAGGCUGUCAUUGUGGAGGUGUUGGAUGUUCCCGGCCCAGUUGGUCAGCCGUUCUCUGGUGUGAACCUCACCACUGACUCCUGCAAGUUAACCUGGUGCUCACCUGAAGACGAUGGUGGCUCGGCCAUCACCAACUACAUCAUUGAGAAGAGAGAGUCUGACCGCAUGGGCUGGACAGCAGUCUCUUACACAGUCACCAGGCACAAUGCUGUGGUCCAGGGUCUCAUCGACGGAAAGGGAUAUUUCUUCAGAAUCGCAGCUGAAAAUAUCAUCGGAAUGGGUCCAUUUAUUGAAUCACAACGACCAGUUCUCAUCAAAGAUCCUAUUUCUGUUCCUGAGCGUCCUGAGGAUCUAGAAGUCACAGCAAUCACCAAAGACUCCAUCAGUUUGGCCUGGAGACCACCUAAGUACGAUGGUGGUUCUGCGGUUACAAGUUAUGUGCUUGAAACUCGUCUGAUCGGAAAGGAUAACUUCACUAAGAUCGAUACUGAUGACACGCUAAUGGAUAGGAAGUUCACAAAGGGAGGUCUCAAAGAGAAUUCCACCUAUGAAUUCCGUGUCAGUGCUGUCAACGUGAUUGGUCAGGGCAAGCACUCUUUCUGCACCAAGCCAAUCCAGGUCAAGGAAGAACUUGAGCCCCCAACAAUCGACUUGGACUUCCGUGACAGACUGAUUGUGCGUGUGGGAGAUGUGUGCACCCUCCAGGGCCGCUUUACUGGAAAGCCAGCACCUACAAUAACAUGGACAAAGAACGAGGAAGAGCUGAAAGCAGAUGAGGAGGUCACAAUGACCAACACUAGUAAAACACUGUGCUUGGCUAUGCCCAAGGCUAAACGUGAACACAGCGGCAGAUACCAGGUGGUUGUGGAGAACAUUGUCGGCUUACGAAAAGGAAUCUGCAGUCUCACUGUUGUAGAUCGCCCCCAGCCUCCAGAGGGCCCAGUGGUCUUCAAUGAGGUCUACAGGAACUACAUGGUGAUUUCCUGGAACCCUCCUCUGGACGAUGGUGGAUGUGCCAUCUCCAACUACAUCAUUGAGAAGAGAGACACAAACAGAGACCUCUGGAUGCCAGUGACAACAGCUUGCACCAGGACAACAUGCAAAGUUCCUAAGCUGAUUGAGGGCAGAGAGUACAUCAUCAGAAUCUGUGCUGUGAACAUCCAUGGCGUCAGCAACCCACUGCUGUCUGCCGAGACCAAGGCUAAGGAUAUCUUCAAGGUGCCAGAUGCACCCAAACAGCCCAUUGUGAAGGAGAUCUAUAAGGAUCAAGCCCUCCUCACUUGGGAACCACCUGCGGAUGGUGGCAAGCCCAUCACUGGCUACGUCAUUGAGAGGAAGGAGACCAUGGCUAAUAGAUGGACUCGCGCAUCCGGAAAAGACCGCAUCUUCCCCAAAGUGGAGUACUUUGUUCCAGACCUCCUCGAGGGCUGUGAAUAUGAGUUCCGUGUCAUGGCUGAGAACGUUGUGGGUCUGGGUGACCCCAGCCCUCCAUCAAAGCCCAUCUUUGCCAAAGAUCCAAUUGUGCUUCCAAGCCCCCCCGUGCUGCCAGAAGCUGUGGAUUGGACAAAGGAGUCUGUCUCACUAUCUUGGCAGCCACCAAAGGACUGUGGCAGGGGAAAGAUCUUUGGCUAUCUCGUUGAGUUCAGUAAAGCUGGAGAGGAGUGGCAAAAAGUGAAUCAGACUCCUGAUUCCUGCCAAGAAACCAAGUUCAAGGUCAUUAACCUGGAAGAGGGAGAAUAUUACAGAUUCAGAGUUACUGCUGUGAACUUCGCUGGUGAAUCUGAACCCGCAUACACCACAGAUCCAGUGAAGGCAGAAGACAGACUUGAACCUCCUGAGUUGGAUGUUGAACUGGGUAUGCCUCGUGAGUUGAAAGCCAUGGCCAGAACCCAUAUCAAUCUGAUAGCUGGAAUCAAGGGAAUUCCAUUCCCCAAAGUCACAUGGAAGAAGAACGAUGAAGACGUCCCCACAAGAGCCGAAAUUGAGGUCAAUCCACUAGGAUCUAAAUUGGAGAUGCGCUACUGUGCCCGUUCUGACUGUGGCGACUACACUCUGAACAUUGAAAACUCAUCUGGAUCAAAGACUGCCACAUGCACAGUCCUCGUCCUUGACAAACCUGGUCCAAUCCAGCACCUGAGGGUUUCAGAGGUGAGAAGCGAUUCAGCCUAUCUCUCCUGGAAAGACCCUGAGGACAAUGGAGGAGCACGUAUUACCAACUUCGUCGUGGAGAAGAAAGAUGUGGCAGCCGCACAGUGGGUGCCAGUCUGCUCUUCGUCUAAGAAACGCAGCAUGACGGCCAAGCACUUGAUGGAAGGAACAUCGUAUUUGUUCCGCGUUGCUGCUGAGAAUCAGUUUGGCAGAAGUGAAUACAUUGAAACAACCAAAGCCGUCAAAGCCAUGAAUCCUCUGUUCCCACCUGGUCCACCAAAGGACUUGCACCAUGUAGAUGUGGACAAGACAGAGGUCUGGCUUGUGUGGAACUGGCCUGACCGCAACGGAGGUAGUGACAUCACAGGUUUCCUGGUUGAGUACCAAGAGGAAGGAGAAAGAGAGUGGGACGAAUGGAACACCGUCAGCAUCCCUGAGAGCCACAUCACUGGCCUCGAGGAAGGAAAGACUUACAGAUUCCGUGUGAGAGCUGAGAACGCUAUUGGACUGAGUAGACCAGACACCACUGUGCCCGUUCUCUGCCAGGAGAAGCUUGUGGCUCCAAUUGUUGAAGUUGAUGCCAAGCUGAUCGAAGGGAUCAUCGUGAAAUGUGGAAGCACAAUCAGACUCCCUGCUAUCAUGAGAGGCAUUCCUGCGCCUACUGCCAAAUGGUCCAUUGACGGAGCAGAAAUUGUACCCGAAGGCGCAGUUAAGAUUGAGAGUGACAACUAUUCAACAGUUCUCAGCAUUAAUGAGUGUUUGAGAACCGACAGUGGAACCUAUAUCCUCACAGUGUCCAACCCUGCAGGAACCAAGACUCUGGCUUUGAAUGUGACCGUUCUUGAUGUGCCCGCAGCUCCCAUUGGACCAGUCAAUAUCCUUGAGGUUACCCCUGAGUACAUGCUUAUUGACUGGCGUUCUCCAAAGGAUGAUGGUGGAAGCCCUGUAACAGGUUACAUUGUUGAGAAGAGAGAGGCUAAGAAGGAAACCUGGGGAGGUGUGAGCUCUGGUAGCGCAGCCACAAAGCUUAAGAUCUCUCGUUUGCAGAGCGGUGUUGAAUAUGUUGUGCGUAUUCGCGCAGAGAACAAAAUGGGUAUCGGCGCUCCUCUUGAAAGUGCACCAACCGUUGCCCAACACACGUUUGAAGCCCCUGGCCAUCCAGGCAAACCAAACACAUCGGACAUUGCAGAAGAUGCUCUCACUGUUGGGUGGACCAUGCCAUUGUUUGAUGGAGGCAGUCAAAUCACUGGAUAUAUUGUUGAGCGUAGACAUAAGGGCGGAAAAUGGAUCCGUGUCAACACGACACCCUGUAAGGAUCUCAGAAUCAGAGUACUUGGUCUCUUUGAGGGAAAUGAGUAUGAGUUUAGAGUUUUCGCUGAAAACAUUGCCGGUUUCAGUGGACCUUCUGCCAUAUCAGACCCAGCAAAGCCCUGUCGUCAAAUCACAGCUCCUGGACCUCCAGUUAAUCCCAGAAUCAAGGACUACAGUAAGGAAAAUGCAGACCUAGUCUGGAUUAAGCCCAACAAAGAUGGAGGCAGUCCAAUCAUGGGCUACAUUAUUGAAAUGCAGAAAGCUGGCGGAGAAUGGGCGAUCAUCAACAUGGAUGGUCACAUUAAGCAGUGUGCUUACAGAGUUAAAGGCCUUGAAGAACACUCAGAGUACAGGUUCCGCAUUAGUGCUGUAAAUAUGAUUGGAGUUGGAGAGCCUAGGGAAUGCCCUGAAUCGGUGGUUGCCAAAGACAUCAUGAUACCUCCUGAGAUUGAGAUGGAUGCUACAAGCCGUGAGCGUUUGACUGUCCGUGUUGGACAUAACAUCAACAUCAUUGGUUACGUGAAAGCCAGACCUGACCCAGAGAUUAUCUGGAAAAGGGGUGAGGACGUUUUGGAAACCGCCAAGCGCACAACACUAACUAAAAACUUCCCUGUUGUUCAACUGAGAAUCAAAGAGGCAACCAGAGCAGACCAUGGAAAGUAUGUUUUGAAGGCUAACAACUACAGUGGUGAAGCCGAAGCUACGAUAACUGUGAAUGUGUUGGAUAGACCUGGACACUGUCAGAAUCUAAAGACCACCUAUGUGACCAGAGACUCCUGUAUGGUGUCCUGGGAGAACCCUGUGGACAACGGAGGCUCUGAGAUUACAAACUACAUUGUUGAGUGCCGUGAACCCAGUGUGAGGCUUUGGUCAAUGAUCUCAUCUGACUGCACUAACCGCAUGGUUAAAGCCAAACUCAUGGAGGGCCACGAGUAUCUCUUCCGUGUUUGUGCUGUGAACAAAUGCGGCCCUGGGCCCACAGUGGAGACAAAACAACCAACCCUUGCCAUCGAUCCCAUUAACAAGCCUGGUGCGCCAGAGAACUUCCGCGUAACUGACGUUGGUAAGAACUUUGUCUUCUUGAAAUGGAGGAGGCCAGACUAUGACGGUGGAAGCCCCAACAUUGGCUACGCUUUGGAGAGCAAAGUGGGAGUGGAAGAAUGGGUGCCAUUACAUGAGGAUCUGAUUACGAAUACAUUCUUCAUGGCUGACAAGUGUGUGGAAAAACAAACCUAUCAGUUCAGAGUGCAGACAUGCAAUGAAGGUGGAGAAAGUGACUGGGUGAAAACUGGUGAUGUUCUUGUCAAAGAGGAGAUCCAGAAACCAGUGCUUGAUAUAAAGUUAGCUGGAGCCCUUGUGGUUAAAACUGGAGAGUCUAUCAGAAUUGAGGCGGGACUCAGAGGAAUGCCUCAACCAGAGGUGAAGUGGGUGAAGGACAAGGCCACAGGAGAUAACCCUAGAGUUAGUGUUGAAACGGGCACAGAUUAUUCUAAAUUCCUUAUGACCAAAUCCAAACGCACAGACACCGGAAAAUAUGUUGUCACCGCCACAAACUCUGCUGGAACUUUCACUGGAUAUGCAAUUGUCAAUGUCUUGGAUGUCCCAGGGCCUGUGAGAGACGUGAAGGUGUCUGGAAUCGGAGUAGACAAAUGUAGAGUUACAUGGGAUCUCCCAGAAGAUGAAGGUGGAUGUGAAGUUGAUAGCUAUAUCAUUGAGAAAUGUGAGACAAGAAGAAUGGUCUGGUCCACAUACUCUGCUUCACUUGUCACCAACUAUUGCAAUGUCAUCCGACUAGUAGAAGGAAAUGAGUACAUCUUCCGCAUCAGAGCAGAAAACAAGAUGGGGACAGGUCCUGCAGUGGAGAGCAAACCUGUCACAGCUAGGACUCAGUUCAACAGACCUGGACCACCAGAAUCACCAGAGAUCACCAAGAUCGGCAAGGAGGAGAUGACAGUCGUGUGGGCCCCACCAGAGAAUGAUGGUGGAAAGUCUAUCACUGGUUAUAUCCUGGAAAGGAAAGAAAAGCGCGCUGUCAAAUGGGUGCCAUGCACAAAGAGUACCAUCUCUGAGAGACGCAUGAAAGUCAGCAACUUGAUUCCCAACCACGAGUAUCAGUUCCGUGUCAAGGCUGAAAAUGAAGUCGGACUGGGAGAGCCAAGCAAACCAUGCAGACCAGUAGCAGCCAAAGAUCCAAUUGAGGCUCCUGGUCCUCCAGGCAGUUUCAAGGUGAUUGACAGCACCAAGACAUCCAUUACUCUUGGGUGGGCCAAGCCUAUUUAUGAUGGAGGUGCUCCUAUCAUUGGUUACAUGGUUGAAAUGAGAGACAAACCUGAGCCUAAACCUGAAGUGGUUGAAGCUGAAGCUGUUCCUGAAGCUGUGCCUGAAGCUAAACCUGCAGAGGAAGCUAAGCCUGAAGGUGAAGGCAAGCCUGAAGGUGAAGCUGUAGCUAAGCCUGAAGCAGCAGUAGCAGGAGAAGGUGAGGAAGAACAUGAAGAGGACUCUGAGGAUGAAGCUGCUGCAGUUGCAGCUAAAGCUAAAGCUGAAGCUAAACGUAAGAAGAAAGAAGAGGGCUGGAAGAAGUGCAACACUGGUGCUGGUGUGCUAGUGCACACAGAAUUCACCAUUCCAAACUUGAAUGAGAAGCAGAUGUACGAAUUCAGAGUCUCUGCACAGAACCAGGUCGGCUGGGGCCGCCCCGCUACACUCAAAGAGGCCGUCAACCCCAAGGAGGUCCUCGAGGCACCAGAGAUCGACUUGGAUGCCAGUCUCAGGAAGGGCUUCACUGUUAGAGCAGGCUGCCCCAUCAGGCUCUUCGCUACUAUCAGAGGAAGACCAUCCCCCAAAGUAACCUGGAAGAAGCUUGGUGUUGAUAAUGUGGUCAGGAGAGGGCACGUGGAUCAGAUUGAUACGAUGUCCUUCCUUGUGAUCCCUGAGAGCACUCGGGAUGACUCCGGCAAAUACUCUCUGACACUCUCCAACUCCGCUGGGGAGAAAGCUAUAUUUGUGCGUGUUAAAGUAUUGGAUACUCCUGGACCUGUCGGAGGAUUUGAGGUCUGUGAUGUGACAAGCACCGGUUGUCAGCUGUCUUGGCUCCCUCCGGAUAACGAUGGUGGCUGCCAAAUCCAGAACUACAUCGUUGAGAAACGUGAACUCAACAAGAAGACUUGGUCAAAUUGUAUCAACGAUUUGAAGAAAACAAGCUUCAAAGUCACUGGCCUCACACCUGGCUGUGACUACUACUUUAGAGUUAUGGCAGUCAAUAAAUAUGGCAUUGGUGUUCCUAAAGACUCUCCAAAAGCUUAUCUGACAACUGAUCCUAUAAGUGAACCUGAUCCACCGAAGAAGAUGGAUGUCUUGGAAAUGACAAAGAACAGUGCCACUCUGGGAUGGCUGAAACCUUUGAGGGAUGGUGGAGCUAAGAUCAAUGGCUACAUGGUUGAUUACAAAGAGGACGGUAAACCAGAAGACAAAUGGACGCCAUAUUCCGUUGUUAAAGACUUAACCAUUGUAGUCGUUGGACUACAAGAGGGCACAAAGUACAAGUUCAGAGUUGCAGCAAGAAACGUGGCUGGAACCAGUCUGGCAAGAGAAGCUGAGGGAGUAUUUGAAGUCAAGGAGCAGCUGAUGGCACCGAAGAUCAUCAUGCCUGAUAUUGUCACAGUAAAAGCAGGAGAGAAAAUGAGAGUUGAAGCUAUUGUGGCUGGAAAACCUGCACCAUUCUGCAAAUGGAGGCAAGGAGCCGAGGAUCUGUUGACAUCUGAUCGUCGCAUGGUGCAAAAGUCUCCAAACUGCAUUACGCUCAUCAUGAAAGACGUCUCAAGAAAGGACAGUGGCUACUACAGUCUUUCUGCUGAGAACAGCACCGCCAAAAUCAGCCAGAUUCUUAGGGUCGUAGUGCAGGAUAAGCCUGGGCCUCCUGACGCUCCCCUGGAGAUCGUUGAGGUUGAUAUUGAUGCUUGCGCACUCCAGUGGAACCAACCCAGUGAGGACGGUGGAAGCAACAUCACCAACUACGUCAUUGAGAAGUGUGAUGUGAGCAGAGGAGACUGGGUCAUAGCUUCUGGCUCAUGCACCACGACCAGCUACAGAGUUGGCAAGCUUACCCCAGGAAUGGAGUAUGGCUUCCGUGUCCGAGCUGAGAACCGAUUUGGUAUCUCAGAGCCAAUCUAUUCAGAGAAAAUGAUCGCUAGAUAUCCCUUCGAUGUCCCAGGCGAGCCCAGAAAUCUGUGUAUCACGAAAGUCAAGAGUGAAGCAGUGUCUCUGUCCUACGAGACCCCAUCAACUGACGGUGGUAGUCCUCUUACCGGAUACUGCAUUGAGCGCAAAGAGAGGAACAGCCUUCUCUGGGUGAAAGCAAAUGAGUCCGUUGUCCGUGGACUUGAAUACAACUGCACAGGCUUAAUGGAAGGUCUGGAAUAUGCAUUCAGGGUGUCUGCCCUCAACAAGGCCGGACAGGGUAAACCAAGCAAACAGACUGACUGGGUCACAGCAAGAACACCCAUCGAUCCACCUGGCAAACCUGAGGUAAUGGAUGUGACAAAGAGCACAGUUUCACUUGUUUGGACUCGUCCCCAAAAUGAUGGAGGUAGCAAGCUCAUCGGAUACUAUGUGGAGUAUAUGAAGAUUGGUCAAGAAGUAGAGAAAUGGGUUCGCUGCAAUGCCAACUGCCAGAACGUCAAGACAGAAGACUAUGUUGUAGCUGGCCUGGAGGAGGGAGCCCAGUAUCGCUUCAGAGUUUUCGCCAAGUCAGCGAUCAACAUCAGCUUGCCUUCUGAGAUCUCAGACGCCAUCCCAGUGUUUGCAGAGAAUGUUCCCCCCAGGGUCGAGCUGGGAGUGGACAUGAAGAACAUGAUCAUAGUGAAGGCUGGAGAAAAUGUCUCCUUUGAUGCUGUAGUGUUUGGAAAACCACUGCCUAAGGUUACAUGGAAGAGAAAUGGUGUUCCGUUGAAACUGGUGGAGGGGAUGAAGAUGACACAGAAGAGACAUACACACAUUCUGGAAUUGUUUUCUGUCGCAAGGAAGGAGUCUGGAGAGUACACUAUUCUAGCGGAAAAUCCCAAUGGGGCUAAAUACGCCAAUAUUAAGCUCAAGGUUCUAGACAAACCUGGCCCACCAGCUGGAGUGAAGAUCACCAAGGUGUUUGCGGACCGUAUUAAGAUGAGGUGGGAGCCACCUGUUGCAGAUGGAGGCUCUGAAAUCACCAACUACAUCAUUGACAAACGUGAGACCAGCAGAGCGAACUGGGCUCUGGUCACCUCCAAUAUCAAUGGUCAACUGACCGAUUGCGCAGUAGAGAAACUGAUGCAGAACCAUGAAUACCAGUUCAGGGUCAGUGCUGAGAACCAGUAUGGUAUUGGGGACCCCAUCCUCACCGACCCUGUCAUGGUCAAGAAUCCAUAUGAUGUUCCUGGUCCUAGCGAGCCACCAGUUAUUACCAACAUUACAGCCAAUUCUAUGACUGUCAGCUGGAAGGCGCCAGCUGAUGACGGUAAAGCUACCAUUCUGGGUUACAUGGUUGAGAAACGUGAAGCAUCAGAGCUCAACUGGGCUAAAGUCAACCGUAAACCAGUGAUUGACAGGAGCAUCAAAGCUGCCCAGCUCUCAGAGGGAUCUGAGUAUGAGUUCAGAGUUAUUGCCAUGAACAAAGCUGGAUUUGGCAAACCAAGUGAUGCAUCCAAUGCUGCCCUUGCCGUGGAUCCUGUUUAUCCACCUGCACCACCUGCCUUCCCUAAAGUCGUUGACUCAACACACAGCACCAUUAGCUUGUCUUGGUCCAAGCCUGCUUACGAUGGUGGUUGUGAGAUCUUCGGCUACCUUGUCGAGUGCAAGAGAGCUGAUGCAGAACACUGGACGAAGUGCAAUGUGCCCAAGAAGCUGCAAGAAACCAAGUUCCUGGUUACUGGUCUCGUUGAUAAAACAGAAUAUGUGUUCCGUGUCUUUGCCGUGAACAAGAUCGGAUACAGCGAACCAAGUGAAGUUCCUGGGAAACACGAGGCGAAAGACAUCCUGAUUGCCGCUGAUGCUGAGCUGGAUGCAGACCUUCGCAAGGCACUGGUCCUGAGAGCCGGAGUCACAAUGAGACUGUAUGUGCCACUGAUAGGACGUCCCCCACCCAAGGUGGUGUGGACCAAGGUCAAUGCCAACCUCAAAGAACGAGCAGGAGUCAUGAUCAAAACGAGCGAAUGGGAUACCCUUAUGUACAUUGAGGAUAUCAACAGAUAUGAUGCUGGCAAAUACGUUUUGUCGAUUGAAAACGACAGUGGAAAAAAGUCUUACACUAUCGUCGUGAAGGUCCUAGAUACUCCUGGUCCACCACUGAAUCUGAUUGUGAAGGAAACAUCUCUGAACCAUGCAUCCAUCGGCUGGGAUCCUCCUCUGAUUGAUGGAGGAAGCCCAGUGAAGAGCUACAUUGUUGAGAAGCGUCUUGCAGAGAGAAAGGCAUGGACCUGUGUCAUAGCUGAAUGCCCCAAAUCUACUUUCAGGAUUACUAACUUGGAAGCUGGACAGGCCUACUGUUUCAGAGUCUUGGCUGAAAAUAACUAUGGUAUCGGAGAAGGUUGUGAGACUGCCGGAGUUGUAAGAGCUUCAGAACUACCUGGAGCAGUUAUGGAUUUCAAGGCACUGUCGAUCACUAAAGAUUCCAUUCAUAUUGGCUGGAAGAAACCAAUCAGUGAUGGUGGAAGUCACAUCAGCGCCUAUCUUCUGGAGCUCCAGGAAGGUGAAGAGAAGUAUAAGGAGCUAGUGAAAGGAAAGGUCAUGUCACACAUGAUGGUUGAACUUGAAGAAGGAAAGGAGUACUCUUACAGAGUGAAAGCAAUCAAUGAGUCUGGAGAGGGUCCACCUUCCGAGCUCACUGUGAUCGCUAAAGAUCAAAUCGUUGCACCUGACUGUGACCUGAGUGGCAUCCCAGAUCUGUGCUAUGUUGCCAAGGAGGGAAGCACAGUCCGUAUCAACAUCCCUAUUGUUGGCAAACCAGCUCCGUCAGCCAUCUGGAAGAAGGGACAUGUUUCUCUGGGAGACAGUGGAAGAAUGUCAGUUGAAUCUACACCAACUUUGACAACGUUGCUCAUCCGUGAUUGCCAGAGAGGUGAUGCAGAAAAUUACACAAUCCUGCUAAGAAACGCAGCAGGAGUCAAAGAAGCAAAGAUGCAGAUUAGGGUGGUUGGAAAACCAGGAAUCCCAACAGGACCUUUCAAGUUUGAUGAAAUCACUGCCGAUGGAAUCACUCUGGAGUGGGGUCCACCAAAAGAUGAUGGUGGCACUGAAAUAUCCAACUACAUUCUGGAGAAGCGGCAAUCAACAGCCAACAAGUGGGCUACAGUGGCCUCCGCUAUCCAGAAGAAUACCAUGAGAGUUACCAGGCUCCAUGAUGGUACCGAAUACAUCUUCAGAGUGUUUGCAGAAAACAAAUAUGGAGUUGGAGAAUGCCUCAAAUCCGACCCAGUGGUGGCUCAGCAUCCAUUCAAUGUGCCUGACGCACCUGCACCACCAGAGAUCGUGAGCAUUCGCCAUGAGUCAGCCAUUUUGAAUUGGACUGAUCCUAAAGAAAAUGGAGGCUCACCAAUCACUGGCUAUCAUAUUGAAUACAAAGAGAGGAACAGCUUGAUGUGGAAGAGAGCCACUAAGACCCCUAUUAGAGUGAAGGACUGCAGAGUGACUGGACUGAUUGAAGGCCUGGAGUAUGAAUUUAGAGUCAUGGCAAUGAAUGCGGCUGGUUUAGGAAGGCCAAGCAGGGCAACAGAACCAGUCAUCGCCCUUGAUCCAAUUGAUCCUCCUGGUAAGCCUGAUGUCAUCAAUGUAACCAGAAGCACUGUAACACUUAUGUGGACUGCACCCAAGUACGAUGGUGGACACAAACUGACUGGCUACCUGGUUGAGAAACUGGAACUGCCAGGAAAGACCUGGAUGAAAGCAAAUCAUAUCAAUGUCCAAGGCCUUGCGUUUACUGUGCCAGACCUGAUAGAAGGCAGCAGCAUGGAAUUCAGAAUCAGAGCUAAGAAUGCAGCUGGUGCAAUCAGUGUUCCUUCAGAGCAAACUGAUACACUUAUCUGCAAAGAUGAGUAUGAACCACCAAGCAUCACUAUAGAUCCAGACAUGAAGGAAGGUGUCUCUGUCAGAGCUGGGGACACCAUUGUAGUAUCUGCUUCCAAGAUCCUUGGCAAACCUCCACCUACAGCUGUGUGGUCCAAGGCAGGAAGAGAAUUCAAGACCUCAGAUAUUGUCCAGAUCACAAGCACUCCAACCUCUUCAACGUUGUCUAUUAAAUAUGCAAGCAGGAAGAACACUGGAGAGUACACAAUUACAGCCAGUAAUCCUUUCGGUAUCAGAGAAGAACAUGUUAAGGUCAAGGUUCUUGAUAUCCCUGGACCUCCAGGCCCCAUUGAAGCCAGCAGUGUGUCAGCUGAGAAGUGCACAUUGACAUGGUUGCCACCAGAAGAAGAUGGCGGCUGCUCAAUCAAAUCCUACACACUGGAGAAGAGAGAAACAAGCCGUCUUCUGUGGACCAAACUUGCUGAAAAUAUAUUUGAUUGCAGAUUUGUUGCAAACAAGCUGAACAAGGGCAAUGAGUACAUCUUCCGUGUGUCUGCAGUGAACCAGUAUGGCACUGGUGAUGGGACACAAUCUGGCCCAGUCAAAAUGGUUGACAGCUUUGGCCCACCAGGCCCACCUGGAGUCCCAGAGAUUGACAAUGUCAGCAGAAACGCUGUCACCAUUUUCUGGAAGAGGCCAGUUAAAGAUGGUGGAAGUGAUAUUAGAGGCUAUCAGGUUGAGAGGAAAGAGAGAAGAGGAAUGAGAUGGGUGAGAGCAUCGAAGAAAACGGUCUCUGACCUACGUUACAAAGUACAAGGACUGACGGAAGGUGUUCAGUAUGAAUUCAGAGUAACAGCAGAGAACAAAGCUGGCUUUGGGGAACCCAGUGAACCAUCUGCCCACGUGAUGACAAAGGAUAUUGUAUAUCCACCAGGACCUCCUUCCAACCCAAGAAUUACUGACACCACCAAGACAACAGCCACAUUCAACUGGGGUAGACCCCACUAUGAUGGCGGCCUGGAUGUAGCAGGAUACAUUGUUGAGCACAAGAAGGAAGGACAUGACGAUUGGGUCACAGACGUCACAAGAUUGAGAAUUACAGAAUAUGUUGUGUCAGACCUGAAGGCUGGUGGGAAAUACUAUUUCAGAGUCCGAGCUAUGAAUACAGAGGGAGUUGGUGAACCAGCAGAGGUUGAAGAAAUUGUCGAACUUGAGGACCGUGAGACACUUCCCGACUAUGAGCUUGAUGCUGAGUAUAGAAGAACCCUUGUUGUCAGGGUCCGUGGAUCCAUUCGUAUCUUCGUGCCAAUUAAAGGACGUCCAGUUCCUGAAAUAACGUGGAUGAAAGAUGACGCCAUUCUUGGUAAAGGUGGCCGUGAACACAUUGAUACUACGGAGUCGUAUACUCUCCUGGUUAUCCCUGACUGCACAAGAUAUGAUGCUGGAAAAUACAUGCUAUCAUUAGAGAAUGUUGCUGGUAAGAGAGAUGGAUUUGUUAACGUCAGAGUAUUGGAUUCACCAGGACCACCUGUGAACUUGAUACCACGUGAAAUCACCAAAACAAGUAUCACUAUGCAGUGGGAAAUCCCCAUUAUUGAUGGUGGAUCAAAGAUCAUUAACUACGUCAUUGAGAAGCGAGAGGCCACAAGAAAGGCUUACACAGUAAUCACUACAACCUGGCAGAAAUGCUCCUUCAAGUUUGACAACUUGGAUGAAGGCUCUGAAUAUUACUUCAGAGUAUCUGCUGAAAAUGAACUGGGCGUCGGCGAGCCAGCAGAGACACCUGAGACAAUUAGAGCAUCCCAAGCACCCACUGCCCCUGAAAAUCUGUACGUCACUGAUGUAUCAGCGGACACCGCAAGCCUUGCAUGGACGAAGCCAAAACAUGAUGGCGGCAGUAGGAUUACUGGAUACGUUAUUGAAGCACAGAAGAAGGACACCGAGACAUGGACCCAUGUGACAACUGUAAAGGCUCUUGACUACACAGCCACAGAUCUCAUUGAAAAUAUGGAGUAUGUGUUCCGCAUCAUGGCAGUGAACAGCUCUGGCAGAAGUGAUCCACGUGAAAGCAGACCUGCUAUCAUUAGAGAACAAACAACAGCACCUGCAUUUGACCUACGUGAAGUCUACCAGUCCUUGGUCAUUGCUAAGGCUGGUGAUAAUGUGAAGGUUGAAAUUCCUGUUCUGGGUCGUCCCAGACCAGCAGUUUCUUGGAAGAGGGGUGAGGACACACUUAAACAGACGCAGAGAACCAAUACUGAUACUACUGCAACCUCAACUACUCUCCACAUCAAUGAGAUCAAAAGGAGCGAUGGUGGUCAAUAUUCGAUGACUGGCAAGAAUAUACUUGGAACAACGACAGAGACAAUUACUGUUGAAGUCCACGAUAUUCCAGGACCUCCUACUGGACCAAUUAAGCUUGAAGAAGUUUCCUGUGACUACAUUCUCUUGUCAUGGGAAUGUCCAGAGAAUGAUGGUGGUGUACCCAUUAACAAUUACAUUGUUGAAGCUAGAGAAACAACAGGCACAUCAUGGGUUGAAUUAGCAGCAACGGUUAUCCGUACAACAUUCAAAGCUGCUCGUCUCACAACAGGAAUCACGUAUCAGUUCCGUGUUAAAGCCCAGAACAGGUACGGCAUUGGACCCUGUAUAGUCUCAGAACAAGUGGUUGCUGCUUAUCCAUUCGAUGUGCCAGGACAACCAGGCAUUCCUGAAAUUGUCCACUUCAACAAGGAUUCUAUGACUAUUAGCUGGGAUGAACCAGCUUCCGAUGGUGGAAGCCCCAUUUUGGGAUAUCACAUUGAAAGGAAAGAGAAGAACAGUAUCCUGUGGCAGAAGAUCAGCAAAGCACUUGUAGUAGGGAACAUGUUCAAAUCAACAGGCUUGGUGGACGGAAUCGCAUAUGAGUACCGUGUUAUUGCUGAAAACAUGGCUGGUUUGAGCAGGGCAAGCAAGCAUUCUGAGACUACCUUUGCUCUGGAUCCAGUGGACCCACCUGGCCAACCAAUGGCAUUGAAUGUAACCAGACAUGAGGUGACUCUUCAGUGGACAAGACCUGAAGGUGAUGGAGGAUUCUCAAUAACUGGGUACCAAGUAGAAAAAAGAGAACUUCCAGAUGGACGCUGGCUCAAGGCCAACUAUAGCAACGUCCUUGAGACAACAUUCACUGUUAGCGGUCUCACAGAGGAUGCUACUUAUGAGUUCCAUGUUAUGGCAAGAAACUCAGCUGGCGCUCUCAGUAAGCCAUCUCUCCCAUCAGAGGAAAUCACUUGCAGAGAUGACGUUGAAGAGCCCAAACUUGAAGUUGAUACAAUCUAUAAUAGUACUGUGGUUGUGAAAGCUGGAGAUGUCUUCCAACUUGCUGCCAGCGUAACAGGCAGACCAAUACCAACACUGGUAUGGACCAAAGACGGGAAGGAACUUGAAGAUACGGCCAAGUUGGAAAUCAAACUCUAUGACUUUUCUACAACCUUAGUCAACAAAGAUUCUCUAAGAAGGUGCGGUGGUACAUUCACUUUAACUGCCAGCAAUCCUGGUGGUUUUGCAAAGCAUACCUUCAAUGUUAAGGUUCUUGAUAGACCUGGACCUCCAGAUGGUCCACUUGCUGUUACAGACGUCACUGCUGAGAAAUGUAUCCUCUCAUGGCUGCCACCAUCACAUGAUGGCGGUGCAAAGAUUCUGCACUACAUCAUUGAGAAACGUGAAACAAGUAGACUUGCUUGGACAAAUGUAGCAACAGACUUACAAGUGAACCGGUUUAAGGUUACCAAGUUGUUGAAGGGUAACGAGUAUAUCUUCAGAGUUAUGGCUGUUAACAUGUAUGGAACUGGAGAGCCCCUUGAAUCCGACCCAAUGGUUUCUACAAAUCCAUAUGUGUCAGCUGAUGCUCCAUCAACACCUGAGGUGACGACCAUCACAAAGAACACCAUGGUUGUUUGCUGGGAACGCCCUGAUCACGACGGUGGAAGCGACAUCUUCAACUAUGUUGUUGAAAGGAGAGACAAAACCGGUCUUCGCUGGGUUAAAUGCAACAAGAGGACUGUAACUGACCUGAGGUUCAAAGUAUCCGGGCUCACACCAGGGCAUGAAUAUGAAUUCAGAAUCAUUGCAGAAAACAAUGCUGGUUUAGGUACACCAAGUCCUUCCAGUGAAUUCUACAAGGCAGUAGACACAAUCUUCCAACCUGGACCACCUGGAAAUCAAAGAGUCUUGGACACAACCAAGUCAUCCAUUACAGUUGCCUGGAACAAACCUGUAUAUGAUGGUGGUUCUGAUAUCAUUGGAUACGUUGUGGAGACCUGUCUACCUGAGGAAGAUGAAUGGACAAUUCGUACCCCUAAGAAGGGAUUAGUUGGUACAUCAUUUACCAUCACUAACCUGGUAGAAAACCAAGAUUAUAAAAUCAACAUUUGUGCAAUUAACUGUGAAGGGGUUGGAGAGCCAGCACAAGUGCCUGGCACACCAAUUGCAGAGGACAGGCUGCUUCCUCCUGAAAUUGACCUUGGUGCAGAGCUUCGUAAGGUUGUCUGCAUUAGAGCUUGCGGCACAUUGAGACUCUUUGUACCUAUUAAAGGAAGACCAGCUCCUGAUGUCAAGUGGUCCAGAGAAAAUGGAGAGCCUGUUACGAGAGCAACUAUUGACACCACAUCAUCAUUUACUGCUCUUAUGGUUGAAAAUGUUGACAGAUUUGACAGUGGAAAGUACAUGUUGACAUUGGAAAACGCCUCAGGAAGCAAAACUGCAUAUGUGAAUGUCAGAGUGCUGGACACACCUGGAGCACCACAAAGCCUCAUCAUCAGGGAGGUCACCAGAGACUCAGUAUCACUCAUGUGGGAUGCACCCCUUAUUGAUGGUGGCUCCAGAAUUAGAAACUACGUUGUGGAGAAACGUGAAUCAACAAGAAAAGCUUACUCCACAGUUUGUGCUCAAUGUGUUAAAUCUAGCUGGAAGAUUGGUGGCCUGGAGGAAGGAAACACAUAUUUCUUCAGAAUUCUGGCUGAGAAUGAAUUUGGCAUUGGACUUCCAAUAGAGACUCCUGAGGCAGUCAGAGUAUCCGAGAAACCACUUCCACCAGGCAAAGUAACUCUCGUUGAUGUCACAGGCACCAGCGUCUCUCUGUCUUGGGAAAAACCAGAUCACGAUGGAGGAAGCAGAAUCUCAGGAUAUAUUGUCGAGAUGCAGGGCAAAGACAGUGAAACUUGGACCCAGUGUGCCGUUGCAAAAAUCACACAGGUUGUUGUUCUUGGACUGACACAGGGUGAAGAAUAUAUGUUCCGUGUGUCAGCACAUAAUGAAAAAGGAACCAGUGAUCCUCGUCUACUCAGUGUACCUGUGGUAGCCAAAGAUCUUGUUAUUGCGCCAGUAUUCAAGCUGCUGUUCACCACAUUCAGUGUAUUGGCAGGAGACGAUCUCAAGAUAGAUUUACCAUAUGCUGCUCGCCCCAAAGCAGUUGUGACCUGGCUCAAGGAUGGUGUUGCACUAAAAGAAACAACCAGAGUCAAUGCUGAUGCCACUGAUACACAUUUGCAUCUUGUGGUCAAGGAAGCCAGUAGGGAGGAUGUGGGCAAGUACACCAUCAAACUUGUAAACACAGCUGGUGAAUCAACAGUGGACAUUGCAGUUGUUGUUCUUGAUAAGCCUGGUCCUCCAACUGGCCCAAUCACUGUUGAUGAAGUCACUUCUGACAGUGUGGUACUGUCCUGGAACCCACCUACAUAUGUGGGUGGUUGUGCCAUUAACAACUACGUAGUAGAAAAGAGGGAAACUACCUCCACAAACUGGCAGAUUGUGUCUGCAACAGUUGCAAGAACCACAAUUAAAGCAGCUCGGUUGAAGACUGGGUAUGAAUAUCAGUUCAGGAUCGCUGCUGAGAACAGAUAUGGAAAGAGUCCAGUACUUAUAUCAGAAAAUAUUGUUGCUCAAUAUCCAUUCGAUCUCCCAAGCGCUCCAGGGACCCCAAUUGUACAAUCAUCUACAAAGGACAGCAUGGUUAUCGUAUGGGAGAAGCCUGGUAGUGAUGGCGGGAGCAAGAUUUUGGGAUAUCACCUUGAUAGUAAGGAGAGAAACAGCCUCCUCUGGGUAAAACAAAACAAACAGCUGAUCCCAGACUUAAGGUUCAAGCUCAGUGGUCUUGAUGAAGGUAUCGAAUAUGAGUACAGAGUUUAUGCUGAAAAUAUUGUUGGUGUUGGCAAAGCAAGCAAAUUGUCAGAAAUCCGUGUAGCAAGAGACCCCUGUGACAGUCCAGGCAAGCCUGAAGCUGUCAUUGUCACAAGAGGAGCUGUCACUCUCCAAUGGACUAAGCCAGAAUUAGAUGGAGGUAGCAAAAUCACUGGCUACGUUGUGGAGAAGAAAGAGCUGCCUGAAGGGCGCUGGAUGAAGGCCAGUUUCGCCAAUGUCAUUGAGACCCAAUUUAUAGUGACUGGCUUAGUUGAAGACCAGUGCUAUGAGUUCCGUGUCAUUGCAAGAAAUGCAGCAGGUGUUUACAGUCUUCCAUCUGAGAGCACUGGGUCUAUUACAGCAAAGGAUGAAGUUGAUCCUCCCAAAAUAGAGAUGGAUUCAAAGUACUCUUCAACAGUUGUUCUGAUGGCAGGUGAAUCGUUCAACCUUUGUGCAGAUAUUUUCGGCAAACCUGUGCCCUCAGUCCAUUGGAUGAAAAACAACGUAGAAAUAAAGGAUGCUGCACGCCUUGAGAUAAAGAACACCGCUUUUAAAGCAUCGUUGAGUGUUAAGGAGGCAAUCCGUGUUGAUGGAGGCCAAUAUAUCCUACUUUUGAAAAAUGUAGGUGGAGAGAAGUCAGUUAACAUCAAUGUCAAAGUGUUAGACAGACCUGGUCCACCAGGAGGCCCAAUUUCUAUCUAUGGAGUCACAAGUGAAAAGGCUUGUAUUGCCUGGAGACCACCAGCACAAGACGGAGGUAGUGAUGUUUCUCAUUACAUCGUUGAGAAGAGAGAAACUAGCAGAUUGGUUUGGACUCUGGUUGAACCUAAAGUGCAGACUCUAAAUCUGAAGAUCAUAAAACUUGUUCCUGGAAAUGAGUAUGUCUUCCGAGUGAUUCCUGUGAACAAAUACGGAAUUGGCGAACCUCUUGAAUCUGAGCCAAUGAUUUCCAGAAAUCAAUUUGUGACACCUGAUCCACCAACCAAUGUGGAAGUCUCUACCAUCACAAAAGAUUCAAUGGUGGUAACCUGGGAAAGACCUGAAAACGAUGGUGGCAAUGCCAUUUCUGGAUUUGUUAUUGAGAAGCGUGAUAAAGAAGGUGUGCGCUGGACUAGAUGCAAUAAGCGUACAGUGAGUGAGCUGCGCUUCAGAGUAGCAGGUCUUCUUGAGAACCGCAGUUAUGAGUUCCGAGUUUCAUCUGAGAAUGCUGCUGGAGUUGGUAAACCAAGUGAACCAACUAUUUACUACAAGGCAUUGGAUGCUAUCUUCACAUCAGGUCCACCAAAUAAUCCCAAAGUGACUGACACAACAAGAACAUCUGUGUCCUUGUCAUGGGGCAAACCUAUCUAUGAUGGUGGCUGUGAGAUUCAAGGAUACUUAGUGGAGGCCUGUGAAGGAGCAUCUGAUGAAUGGACAAUGUGCACUCCACCUGCUGGAAUCACACACACUAAAUGUACAGUUCGAAAACUACUAGAGAAGCAUGAGUAUAAAUUCAGAGUCUGUGCCAUAAACAAGGUUGGUGUUGGUGAGCAUGCAGAUGUCCCUGGAUCAGUUAUUUUAGAGGAGAAAUUGGAAGCACCAGAUCUUGAGCUUGACGCUGACAUGAGGAAGAUGAUUAAUGUCAGAGCUGGAAGCACUCUUAGGUUGUUCAUUCCUGUUAGGGGACGGCCGGCUCCUGAACUGAAAUGGGGAAAGGCUGAUGGAGAACUCAAGGAGACGGCACAGAUUGACAAUACAAGCAGUUAUGCCUCACUUCUGAUUGAAAAUGUUGACAGAUUUGACACUGGCAAGUACACUGUUACUGCAGAGAAUUCCAGUGGAAUUAAAUCUGUCUUCAUCAGUGUCAGAGUACUUGAUUCACCUAGUAUGCCUGCAAAUUUCGCUAUCAAGGAGAUAACAAAGAACUCAGUCACCCUUACUUGGGAGCCACCUAUUUUGGAUGGUGGGUCUAAAAUUAAGCAAUAUCAUGUUGAGAAACGAGAAAGCACUAGGAAAGUGUAUUCCCCUGUCACAACCUGUCAUAAGAUGUCAUGGAAGAUUGAACCACUUGUGGAGGGAAGUAUCUAUUUCUUCAGAGUUCUUGCUGAAAACGAGUGGGGCAUUGGCUUACCUGCAGAGACCCCUGAACCCGUCAAGAUUUCAGAGGUACCUCAACCUCCCGGUAAAGUUACAGUACUGGACGUGACACGGAACAGUGUCUCUCUUAAGUGGGAGAAACCAGGUCAUGAUGGAGGCAGCAGAAUAAGCCAUUAUGAGAUUGAAAUGCAAGCCAAAGAUAGUGACAAAUGGAAACUAUGUGCUCAAUGUAAAUACCUUGAAACUACUGUCACUAGCUUAGCCCAAGGAGAGGAGUAUCAAUUCAGAGUAAUUGCUGUUAAUAGCAAAGGAAAGAGUGACUCUAGACUUCUGGCCAAUCCAGUAGUAGCAAAGGACCUUGUCAUUGCACCUGACAUAAGACCUAAAUUAACACAGUACAGUGUACAGGUUGGCUAUGAUCUGAAGAUUGAAGUUCCCAUUGCUGGACAUCCUAAACCAGUCAUUACAUGGACAAAGGAUGGUGCUGCCCUGAAACAGACCACAAGAGUUAAUGUUGUCGACAGUGCACGCAAUACACAUCUAACCAUCAAAGAAGCAACAAAAGACGAUGGUGGAUUGUAUAGUAUUAAUAUUACCAACAGUCUUGGCUCCAAAGAUGCCACCAUUGAAGUAAUCACACUAGAUAAACCUGGCCCACCAACAGGCCCAAUCAAGAUGGAUGACAUCAGUGCUGAAAGUAUCACACUUUCCUGGGAACCACCUGCAUACACUGGUGGCUGCCCAAUUUCAAAUUACGUUGUCCAGAAAAGAGAUACAACCACAACUAACUGGGUUGUAGUCUCUGCCACUGUGGCAAGAAAUACCCUGAAAGUGGCAAAUCUAAAAACAGGUGCAGAAUACCAAUUCAGGAUUUGUGCUGAAAACAGAUAUGGCAAAAGUUAUGCUAUUGAUUCUGAACCUGUCCUUGCCCAGUAUCCUUUCAAGGAGCCAGGACCACCAGGAACACCUUACAUAUCUUCAUACACUAAGGAUUACAUGGUUGUGGAAUGGCACAAACCCAUUUCAGAUGGAGGCAGUGCCAUUUUCGGCUAUCACAUUGAGAGAAAGGAAAAGAACAGUAUCCUUUGGACAAAGAUCAAUAAAUCCCUCAUCCAAGACUGUAGAUUUAAAUCUACUCCUUUGGAGGAAGGUAUUGAGUAUGAGUUUAGAGUGUCUGCUGAGAAUAUCGUUGGCAUUGGCGCAUGCAGCAAACUCUCUGAGGGAUAUGUGGCACGUGACCCAUGUGAUCCUCCUGGCACCCCAGAGGCUAUCAUUGUAACCAGGCACUCUGUGAAACUGAAGUGGACAAGACCACAGUAUGAUGGUGGCAGUCUGAUCACAGGCUAUGUGGUGGAGAAACGCGAUCUCCCAGAGGGAAGGUGGAUGAAGGCAAGUUUCACAAAUGUCAUUGAAACUGUAUUCACAGUUCUGGGUCUAACUGAGGAUUGCAAAUAUGACUUCAGAGUCAUAGCUAGGAAUGCAGCUGGAUCUAUCAGCAAGCCCUCUCAGAGCACCGGAUCCAUCACAGCAAAGGAUGAAGUUGAUCCACCAAAAUGUGAAGUUGACUCAGUGUACAGCCAGGUUGUUAUCAUCAAUGCUGGGGAAACAUUUACACUUGAGGCGGCUGUACAAGGAAAGCCAAUUCCAACAGCUCAAUGGUUCAAGAGUGAAGCAUUAGUGGAGAACUCAGCAAGGGCUGAGAUUAUGAACUCAGAUUUCCAAGCAAAGCUUGUUGUCAAAGAUGCUAUCAGAGUGGAUGGAGGACAAUAUACUUUGCUUCUAACUAAUGUUGCUGGAGAUAAAACUGUUACAUUCAAUGUGAGAGUACUGGACAGACCUGGGCCCUCUCAGGGACCCCUCACUGUUAGCAAUGUCACAUGCGAGAAAUGCUCACUGUCCUGGCUUCCUCCAAGAGCUGACGGUGGCAGCAGUAUUUCCCACUACGUCAUUCAAAAGAGAGAAACUAGCCGUCUUGCAUGGACUGUGGUUGCUAGUGAUUGUGGAGCUACAAUGUUCAAAGUCACAAAGCUUCUGCAGGGAAAUGAGUACAUCUUCCGUGUAAUGGCUGUCAACAAAUUUGGUACUGGUGAACCUCUUGAAUCAGCCCCAGUUAUAAUGAGAAAUCAAUUUGUUACUCCUGGACCACCUCAAGAAUUGGAAAUAGCCAAUAUUGCAAGGGAUUCCAUGACUGUGUGCUGGACUCGCCCAGAGGUUGAUGGUGGAAGUGAGAUUGCUGGUUACAUUGUUGAGAAGAGAGAUAGAGCUGGAAUCAGAUGGACAAAAUGCAACAAACGCAGAGUCACGGACCUUCGCUUCAGAGUGACAGGCCUGACAGAGGAUCAUGAAUAUGAAUUCAGAUUAUCUGCUGAGAAUGCUGCAGGAGUCGGCCAACCAACUGAACCAACUCCUUACACCAAAGCCUGUGAUCCAACCUUUGAACCUGGCGCUCCCACUAAUGCACAUGUGGUUGAUACUAGCAAGAACUCCAUUACACUCGCAUGGAGUAGACCCAUUUAUGACGGUGGUGUCAAUAUCCAGGGAUAUGCUGUGGAGAUCUGCAAAGCUGAUGAGGAGGAAUGGACCCUAUGCACUCCACCAACAGGAGUGAAUGCCACUACCUUCAAAAUCAACAAACUUAUCGAGCAUCAAGAAUAUAAGGUGCAGGUAUGUGCCAUCAAUAAAUUGGGUGUUGGUGAACCUGCUGAGAUUUUAGGAACUGUAAAACCGGUGGAUGCAAUGUUCGCCCCAGAGAUUGAGCUGGAUUCAGAGCUAAGGAAAGGAGUUGUCGUGCGUGCUGGAGGAUCCAUGAGGAUCAAUAUUCCAUUCAAAGGACGUCCUACUCCAGAAAUAAGCUGGUCCAAGGAUGAGGGUGACUUGACUAACAAAGUUCAAAUUGAGAAAGGUGCCGAUUUUACUCAACUGUCAGUAGACAUCUGUGACAGAAAUGAUGCUGGAAAGUACACUCUGACCCUGGAAAACAGCAGCGGUUCCAAGUCCGCGUUUGUGUCCGUCAAAGUACUUGAUACACCAGGAGCACCCAUAAAUUUCACAGUGAAAGAUAUUAAGAAAAACUCUGUCAACCUUGUUUGGGAGCCCCCACUCAUUGACGGAGGCGCGAGGGUCAAGCAUUACUUUGUUGAGAAGCGUGAAUCCACCAGGAAAGCUUAUUCCAACAUUUCAAACAAGUGUACAAGGAACAGUUUCCAUGUGGGAGAUCUCAUUGAGGGGGUUAUUUAUUACUUCAGAGUUAUGGCUGAAAAUGAAUAUGGUGUAGGCCUGGCAGCAGAAACAGCAGAGCCUGUGAAGACAUCAGAAGUCCCUCUGCCUGUAGGAAAGAUCACAUUGACUGAGGUGACUAAGACAACCGCCUCAAUGGCAUGGGAAAAACCAGACCAUGACGGUGGAAGUAGGAUAAUGGGAUACUACAUAGAAAUGCUGCCUGCGGGAUCAGAGGAAUGGAUCCUAUCCACAACCACAAAAACAUGUGAGGGAACUGUAGAAGGCCUAACCGCAGGUCAAGAAUACCAGUUCAGAGUUUCAGCCUUUAAUGACAAAGGAAAGAGUGACACAAGGGUAUUAGCUGCCCCUGUCACAGCUAAAGAUCUGACUAUUGAACCUAGUUUCGUAAUGACAUUCAACACCUUUAGUGUCCAACAUGGUGAAAAUCUGAAGAUAGAAAUACCAGUGAGAGGACGCCCAUUACCAAAAGUGGUAUGGACAAAGGAUGGACAGGCAAUUAAAGAGACAACCAGGUUGAAUGUUUCAAGAACAGCAUCAUCAACAAUCCUUGCUAUAAAAGAGACAACCAGAGCGGAUUCUGGCAAGUACAAAAUCACAGCUACCAACAGUAUAGGAGAAAAAGUUGCAGAAAUCGGAGUGAUCAUCCUCGAUAAACCUGGCCCAGUCACAGGGCCUAUCAAGAUUGAGGAAGUGAGUUCCAAUUAUGUCAACCUCGCAUGGGAACCACCUACGUACACAGGAGGUUGUCAAAUAAACAAUUACAUUGUGGAAAAGCGUGACACAACAACCGUAGCAUGGCAGUGUGUGUCUGCAACCGUUGCAAGAACAACUAUCAAAGUUACCAAGCUGAAAACCGGUACUGAAUACCAGUUUAGAGUGUUUGCAGAAAACAGAUAUGGAAAGAGUCCGUCAUUGGACUCAGCAGCUGUUGUUGUGCAAUAUCCUUUCAGUGAACCUUUUGCACCUGGUACGCCAUUUGUGUCAUCAGUGACAAAGGACCACAUGGUUGUUGAAUGGAAAGUACCAACCAGUGAUGGAGGCAGUCCAAUCCUUGGUUACCACCUUGAACGCAAAGAGAAGAACAGCAUUCUCUGGACGAAGUUGAACAAACUGCUCAUUCCUGACUGUCGAUUCAAAACAAAUGAACUUGAAGAGGGCAUUGAGUAUGAAUUCAAGGUCUUCGCUGAGAACAUUGCUGGCUUGAGUCCACCUAGCAAGAUUUCUGACGUUUGUGUCGCCAGAGACCCAUGUGAUCCACCUGGUACCCCUGAGGCUAUUGAUAUUACCAGGAACCACGUUACACUGUCAUGGAAAAGGCCCCAUUAUGAUGGUGGUAGCCUGAUCACAGGCUAUGUUGUUGAAAGGAAGAAGCUUCCCGAUGGCCGUUGGAUGAAGGCUAGCUUCACAAAUGUAAUUGAGACUCAAUUCACAAUCUCAGGUCUGACUGAAGAGUGUGAGUAUGAGUUUCGAGUAAUUGCAAGGAACGCAUCUGGUAUUUUCAGUGCUCCCUCUGAAAGCACUGGAGCAAUUACUGCUAAAGAUGAAAUUGAAGCACCAACAGCAUCAAUGGAUCCCAAGUUUAAGGACUGUAUUGUCAUCCAUGCUGGUGAAACAUUUGUUAUUGAUGCUGAUAUUUUGGGAAAACCACUCCCUGAAAUCACAUGGUUGAAAGAUGGAAAAGAAAUCGACCAAACUACCCCAAGAAUGGAGAUCAAAACAACCAUUCAACGCACUAUUCUAACAGUCAAGGAAUGUAUCAGAGUAGAUGGUGGACACUUUGUCCUGAGUCUUAGCAAUGUUGGUGGAACAAAAUCUAUUCCCGUCAACGUGAAAGUUCUUGAUAGACCUGGUCCACCCGAAGGUCCAAUGAAGAUAACUGGCGUGACUUCAGAGAAAGCCUAUCUUCACUGGAGUCAUCCAUUACAUGAUGGCGGUGCCAGCUGUUCUCAUUAUAUAAUUGAAAAGAGGGAAACCAGCAGAUUGUCAUGGACUGUAGUCGAACCCAGAAUCCAAGCUGUCAGCUACAAAGUGACUAAACUCUUGCCUGGCAAUGAGUACAUCUUCAGAGUUACGGCAGUAAAUAAGUUUGGCAUUGGUGAACCUCUUGAAUCAGACCCAGUUAUUGCACGUAAUCCUUUUGUGACACCAAGCGCUCCCUCAACACCUGAAGCAAGUGCUAUUACAAGGGACUCAAUGGUCCUUACAUGGGAACGUCCAGAAGAUAAUGGUGGCUCAGAUAUUGAUGGCUAUGUCCUGGAGAAACGAGAUAAAGAGGGCAUUAGAUGGACAAAAUGUAACAAGAAAAGACUUAAUGACAUCAGGUUCAGAUGCACCGGACUCACCGAGGGACAUUCCUAUGAGUUCAGAGUGUCUGCUGAAAAUGCUGCUGGUGUGGGAGUGCCAAGUGCACCAACAGAAUACAUCAAAGCCUGUGAUAUCACAUAUCCACCUGGUCCUCCUAACAACCCUAAGGUGACAGACCACUCAAGCACAACUGUGUCACUCUCAUGGACAAGACCCAUCUAUGACGGUGGAGCAGCCAUCAAAGGAUAUGUGGUUGAGAUGAGAGAAGAAGGAGAUGAAGAAUGGAUAACCUGUACACCGCCAACUGGUGUACAAGCAACACACUUUACUGUGAAAAAACUGAGGGAAAAUGCUGAAUACUAUUUCCGUAUCUGUGCAAUUAACAUUGAAGGAGUUGGUGAGCAUGUUGAUGUUCCAGGGUCUGUAGUUGCAUCUGAAAGACUUGAGGCCCCUGAGAUUGAACUUGAUUCAGACCUUAGGAAAAUGGUCCAAGUACGGGCAAGUGCAACACUGCGUUUGUUUGUGACAAUCAAAGGAAAACCUGAACCUGAAGUAAAGUGGUCCAAGAUGGACGGCCCUCUUACUGAGCGUGCACAAAUUGAGGUCACAAGCUCAUACACAAUGCUUGUCAUCGACAAUGUCAACAGAUUUGACACUGGCAAGUAUGUGUUGACCCUUGAGAACCAUAGUGGUCAAAAAUCGGCAUUCAUUAAUGUCAGAGUGUUGGACUCACCAAGUGCCCCUGAGAACUUUGAAGUCAAGGACAUUAAGAGAGAUUCUGUAUCACUAUCCUGGGAGCCUCCGAUGAUUGACGGUGGAGCUAAGGUCACCCAUUACAUUGUGGAAAAGAGAGAUAAUACAAGACUGGCAUUUACAAGUGUUUCAAAUAACUGUGUAAGAAAUUCCAUGAAGAUUGAUGACCUUAAGGAGGGUGGAAUUUACUAUUUCCGCGUCAAAGCUGUCAAUGAGCUUGGUGUGGGUUUGCCAGCAGAAACAACAGAACCAAUCAAGGUAUCCGAAGCCCCCUUGCCUCCUGGCAAAGUUACGGUUGUAGAUGUUUCUCGCGACAGUGUGAGUCUCGCAUGGGAAAAGCCUGAUCAUGAUGGUGGUAGUAAAAUCACAAGCUACACAGUAGAAAUGCAAACCAAGGGCGAUGAGAAAUGGACUGUAUGCACUGAGAUUAAAGCAUUGGAAGCAACUAUUGGUGGACUCACAACUGGAGAGGAAUAUUCAUUUAGGAUUACUGCUGUCAAUGACAAAGGCAAGAGCGAACCUAAGCCACUGGCAGACCCUGUCGUAGUAAAGGACAUUACAAUCGAACCUAUCAUCGAUCUGAUGUUCAACACAUACAGUGUCAAGGCAGGAGAUGAUCUGAAGAUUGAUGUUCCAUUCAGAGGCAGACCUGAACCUGAGGUUGCAUGGAAAAAAGAUGGAGCUGUAUUGAAGCAGACAACCAGGGUGAAUGUUCUAACAGCUAAGAAUUCAUCAAAAAUUACUAUCAAAGACGCAACCAAGGAGGACUUUGGGAAGUAUGAGAUCACUUUAACCAACGCAGUUGGCAAGAAAUCAGCGACUAUAGCUGUUAUCAUCUUGGAUAAACCUGGCCCACCAGGUGCAAUCAAGGUAGAUGAAGUGAGUGCUGACAAUAUUUCACUGUCUUGGGACGCCCCACUCUACGAUGGAGGAUGUCAAAUCAACAACUAUGUUGUGCAGAAGAGAGAUACUACCACUACAACAUGGCAGAUUGUUUCAGCCACAGUCGCCAGAACAUCAAUUAAAGUUCCCCGCUUGACACAAGGCACUGAAUAUCAGUUCCGAAUUGCAGCUGAAAAUCGCUACGGCAAGAGCCAUGCUGUGGACUCCGCUCCAAUUGUUGCACAGUACCCCUUCGAGACACCUGGCCUUCCCACUUCUCUCCAUGUUGCCCAUGCUACUAAGUCCGGCAUUUUGGUUGCAUGGGGUAAACCAGCCAGUGACGGUGGAAGUCCAAUCAUUGGUUAUCACCUGGAAAUGAAAGACCAUAGCAGUAUUCUCUGGACAAAGAUCAACAGAGGUCUCAUUGCUGAAACAGAAUUCAAAGUGAUUGGCAUUGAGGAAGGCUUGCUGUAUGAGUUCCGUGUUUAUGCUCAGAAUAUUGCUGGAAUUGGACCUUGCACCAAAGCCUCUGAGCCUGUAGCUGCAAGAGAUCCUUGUGAUCCACCUGUUAACCUUGAGGUCAUUGACAUCACAAGAACUUCAGUUUCCAUUACUUGGCACGCGCCAGAGAAUGACGGUGGAGCUAAGGUGACUGGCUACAUUGUUGAACGCAGGGAGAUUCCAGAUGGCCGUUGGCUGAAGUGCAAUUUUGCCAGUCUCCAGGACACAUACUUUGACAUUACAGGCCUUACAGAGGAUGUACAAUAUGACUUCCGUGUUAUUGCAAAGAAUGCAGCUGGAUUACUCAGUGAGCCAUCAUUGGGCACAGGUGCCAUCACAGUCAAGGAUGAGGUGGAUACACCUCGCAUUGAGUUGGAAGACAGGUUUAGGCAAUUAGUAGUUGUCAAAGCUGGAGAUAUUUUGAGAAUCGAUGCAGAUAUUUCUGGGCGCCCACGUCCAGUCAUUGCAUGGACAAAGGAUGGUAAAGAAAUUGAUGCCAAGGCAAGAGUGGAGAUUACUUCAACACACAGCACCACCACAUUAAUAGUCAGAGACACUAUCAGAAGGGACACUGGCCAGUACAUUGUAACUCUACAGAACGUUGCUGGCACAAGGUCCUUGGCUGUAAACUGUAAGGUCCUUGACCGCCCUGGACCAUCCUCUGGACCGUUGGCGGUCACUGGUCUGACAGCAGAGAAGUGCACUUUGACCUGGGGACCACCUCAAGAAAAUGGUGGCGCAGAAAUCAUGCACUACAUUGUUGAGAAACGUGAAACCAGCCGUCUCGCCUGGACUUUAGUAUAUGGAGAUAUGAAAGCUACAACAUGCAAAGUCACCAAACUGCUUAAAGGAAAUGAAUACAUCUUCAGAGUAAGGGGAGUGAACAAAUAUGGAGACGGUGAAGCCCUGGAGAGUGAGCCCACCAGAGCCAAGAAUGCAUACACUGUCCCUGUAGCACCAACAGAUGUUCAAAUCACGAGUAUCACAAGUGAUGCAAUGACAAUCUGCUGGGAAAGACCAGAAUCCGAUGGAGGAAGCAGCAUCUAUGGCUAUGUUAUUGAGAAACGAGAAAAAAUUGGAUUGCGCUGGGUACGAGUGAACAAAAAGCCUGUGUAUGACCUCAGGGUCAAGGCAUCCAAUCUCCGUGAGGGAGCUGAAUAUGAGUACAGAGUCUAUGCAGAAAAUGCUGCAGGCUUGAGUCUCCCAAGUAUUCCUACCGAACUAACAAAGGCGGAGGAUCCCCAAUUCCUGCCAUCUCCACCAUCUAAACCUAAAGUUAUUGACUCCACCAAGACUACUGUUACUCUUUCAUGGAACAAGCCAUUGUUUGAUGGUGGUGCUCCUGUGACAGGAUACUGUGUUGAAUAUAGGAGGACAGAUGAAUACGAUGAUGACUGGUGUGUCGGUGUUUCAAACACAAAGAACACUGAAUUCACCAUUGUUGGAUUAACUUCUGGGGCAGAAUAUCUAUUUGUUGUCAAAUCAAUCAACAAGAUUGGUCUCAGUGAGCCAAGCCCCCCUACGGAUCCACAGGUGGCUAAGGAGAGAGAAGAGGUACCAGUAUUUGAUAUCAGCAAUGAGAUGCGAAAGACACUCAUUGUAAAGGACGGUAGUUCAUUCACCCUAACUGUGCCAUUCAGGGGCAAGCCCGUUCCGAAUGUUAUGUGGACCAAGGCUGCUGUUGACCUGAGAGUGAGGGCCAGUAUUGAUACCACUGAUACCUUCACAUCUAUCACAGUGGAACAAGCAACAAGAGAUGACUCUGGGAAAUAUACUGUGACUCUCCAAAACAUAGCUGGAAAAGUUGCAUGUACAUUAAAUGUCAGGGUUCUGGACUCUCCUGGCCCACCAUCUCAUGUUGGGUUCAAGGAUGUUACAAAGAGCUCUGCAACAGUUACAUGGGAUACCCCAGAUAAUGAAGGUGGCGCUGCGGUAAAGAACUACCUUGUUGAUAUUCGUGAGGCAAGCAAAAAGGGAUGGACCAGACUCACAGAUGCCUGCCAUCGUCUGACCUACAAAGUAACAGACCUGGUGGAGGGAGGAGUGUACUACUUUAGAGUCACAGGUGAAAAUGAAUAUGGAGUUGGUGUAUCAGCUGAGACCAAAGAUGGAGCAAAGAUUACAGAAAAACCCAGCCCACCAGCAUCACUUGGAGUGACCGAUAUCACCAAGGAAAGUGUUUCACUUGCUUGGGGCAAGCCCGAGCAAGACGGAGGUAGCAGAAUCACCAGUUACCAAAUCGAUGCUCUUGAGAAGGGUCAGGAUAAAUGGGUGAAAGUUGGUGUCACCAAGUUCACCCACAUUGAGGUCUAUGGCCUGACGCAAAAUGCUGAAUACUUCUUCAGAGUUCGUGCUGAAAACCACGCUGGAUUCAGUGAUGCUAAAGACAUGAUUCUGCCUGUAACAGUUAAAGACCAGCAUGAACCUCCUGAGAUCAACAUGAAGAAGUUCCCCCACAAUACAGUCUAUGUCAGAGCAGGAUCAAACCUGAAAUGCGAGAUCCCACUUACUGGCAGACCUAUGCCAAAGGUUUCUCUUUCAAAGGACGAUGUUGCACUGAAGUCAACUAUGAGAUUCAACUCUGAAGUAACUCCUGAAUACCUCAUCAUUACUCUUCGUGAGAGCAUUGCUAUUGAUUCAGGAAGGUAUGACAUCUGUGCCUCCAACACAAGUGGAACCACUAAGUCUUUUGUUAACAUUGUGGUCCUGGAUAGACCAAGCGCCCCAGUUGGUCCUGUUGAAAUGACUGACGUGACAGAGGACAGUGUGAGUCUGAAGUGGUCUCCUCCUCGUUAUGACGGUGGAAGCACCAUUUCAAAUUACAUCAUCCUCAAACGUGAAACAACCAACGCCAACUGGACUGAGGUCUCUUCGGCCAUCGCAAGAUGCACCAUGAAAAUCAUGAAGCUUACAACAGGACUGGAGUACCAGUUCAGAAUCAGGGCUGAGAAUCGCUACGGUAUCAGUGAGCACAUUGACUCUCCAACCGUCAGAGUAGAUCUGCCCUACACCGUCCCUGUAGCUCCAUCUGCUCCUACGGUUACAUCUGUAACCAGAGAGAGCAUCACUGUAGCCUGGAAGGAGCCAGCCUCCAAUGGAGGAAGCCAUGUCUUUGGAUACCACCUCGAGAUAAAGGAUAGAAACAGCAUCUGUUGGCAGAAGGUUAACAAGACUGUUAUCCGUGCCACACACUACAAGGUGCCGGACAUUGCUGCCGGCCUCAUCUAUGAGUUCAGGGUUACAGCAGAAAACGCAGCUGGAUGCAGUCCACUCAGCAAGAUCUCAGACGCAGUACUUGCAAUUGAUGCUUGCGAGCCUCCAACCAAUGUCAGGAUCACUGACAUCACGAAGACUUCCAUCAGCAUCGCAUGGCAGAAGCCCAAUUAUGAUGGCGGUAGCAAGAUCACAGGGUACCUGAUUGAGAAGAAAGAGGGCCAGAAAGACAGAUGGACAAAGGCCAACUUGACCAACGUUUCUGACACACAUUAUACUGUGACAGGACUUACUCAGGAUGAGACCUAUGAAUUCAGAGUCAUGGCAAAGAAUGCAGUUGGAUCAGUUAGCAAUCCAUCCAUCAUUGCAGGCCCUGCAAGUUGCGUGGAUACAUAUGGUGCCCCUGAGAUUGAAAUUCCUGAUGAAUAUCGCGAGGUUGUGAAACACAAAGCUGGAACCACUUUCGAGCUUAGAUUUGGAAUCAUUGCCAAACCAGCACCGACAAUUGAGUGGUACAAGGACGGAAAGGAACUUGAGUCUGGUGCCCAGGCUCAGCUGGUACAGAAGAACGCUGCUGAUAGUUCCACUCUUAUCAUCAGGGAUACCACACGUCUCAACUCUGGAACAUAUGAGAUGAGGCUCAAAAACUCUUUGGGCUCAGCAUAUGCCUACGUCAGAGUACAAAUUCUUGAUAAACCAGGACCACCACCUGGCGAGAUUCAGCUCAAGAAGGUCACUGCUAACAGUAUCACCAUAAUGUGGGAUCCUCCUGAGGACGAGGGUGGCGCAAUGGUCACCCACUACAUUGUGGAGAAACGGGAGGCCAGCAGAAUUCAAUGGUCCAUUAUCUCUGAGAAUUGGGCGGAAUGUAUUGUGAAUGUCCCGAGACUCAUCAAAGGCAAUGAGUACAUCUUCAGAGUCCGAGGAGUGAACAAAUACGGAGUUGGAGACCCACUGGAAUCUGAACCCGUAGAAGCAAAGAAUGCAUUUGUUCCUCCAAGUCAACCUUCCAAGCCUCAAGUCACCAUGAUCACACACUCAUCAAUGACGGUGGUAUGGGAAAGACCUGGUAUUGAUGGCGGUAGUGACAUUGAUGGAUAUUACCUGGAAAAACGAGAGAAGACAAGCUUGCGUUGGUUCAAGGUUAUCAAAGACACCAUUCGUGACACUAGACAGAAAGUCAGCAACCUGCUCACUGGAAAGGACUAUCAGUAUCGUGUAUGUGCAGUCAAUAAGGCUGGAGCUGGUCCAUACUCCAAAGAGUCUGACCUCUUCAAAGCUGCUGAUGCAGUUGACCCACCAGGUGAACCAACCAAACUCAGAGUGGUCGACUCCACCAAAACAUCCAUCACCCUGGGCUGGAUGGCGCCAGUGUAUGAUGGUGGCAGCGAGAUCACCAGCUACAUCGUUGAGCAGAUGAACUCUGAAGAAAGGGAAUGGGCUGUCAUCAGCCACAAUGGAGAAGUGAGGACAACAGAGUAUGUUGUGAAUCACUUGAAACCAGGAACCUAUUACUUCUUCCGUGUAUCUGCUGUCAACUGUCUGGGACCCAGUCAACCAAUCGAGAUGUACCAGCCUGUUCAAUCCAAGGAUAUUCUUGAGGAGGCCGAUCUUGAUUUGGAUGUUCCCAUGACGACUCAAUACACCGCCAAGGCAGGAAGGGAUAUUGAGGUGUUUAUUCCACUGAAGGGCAGACCUGCACCAAACUGCACAUGGAGAAGACAUGACAAGAACAUGGCCAGUGAUGCAAGAUACACUAUCACCAGCACAGAACGUACAACAGUUCUUGUCAUUCCAAAGGUCACCCGUGACGACUGUGGCAAAUACUACCUGGAGAUUGAGAACGGUGUUGGCGAGUCCAAGUUCAUCACUGUGUCUGUCAAGGUUCUUGACUCCCCAUCCACUUGCCAAAAACUGAUCAUCAAGAAUGUCACCAGAGGCAAGUUGACCCUGAGCUGGGAAGCUCCUCUGAUCGAUGGUGGUUCCCCAAUCACCAACUACAUUGUGGAGAAAAAAGACGCUAACAACAGAGCGUAUACAGUCGUGUCAUCAGAGUGCACCAACACAUCAUACAAGAUCGACGGUCUGUCAGAUGAAAUCGCUUACUUCUUCAGAGUGUCUGCUGAGAAUGAGCAUGGUACUGGUGAUACAUGUGAGACUACAGAGCCAGUCAGGGCCACUGAGACCCCCGGACCAGUCAAGGAGCUGGUCAUGACAGACGCUACUAAGACAUCAGUGACUCUUCACUGGACCAAGCCUGACCAUGAUGGAGGUAGCCACAUUUCAGACUAUGUCAUUGAGACGAAAACUAAAGAGGAAGAAACCUGGACUGUUGCUACAACAUGCAAGCGUUGCACAUGUGAAGUUAAAAACCUGAAGGAAAAUUCUGUUGUGAACUUUAGAGUGUUUUCUAAGAAUGAGAAGGGCAUCAGUGACUUCUCUCAGAUUGGGCCCAUAACAGUAAAGGAGUUCAUUAUUCCACCUGAGGCCAACAUGAUAGAUUAUCCAAAUGGCGAACUCUUUGUUCGUGUCGGUCAAAACAUCCAUAUUGAGAUCCCAUUUAAGGGUAAACCAAAACCAUCCGUUAGAUGGAUGAAGGAAAACAUUCCUUUGAAAGAAAGUGAACAGAUUCGCUUCCGUGAAACAGACAACAAAGUGUCUAUGACAGUCAGAAGCGCAAAGAAAGAGAAUGCAGGCCUAUACACAUUGGUUCUGGACAACAAACUUAUCAAGAACUUCUUUGACAUCAAUGUGAUCACUCUCGGACCCCCUUCUGUGCCAGUUGGACCGGUCCGAUUCGAUGAGAUCAAAGCACAAGGCAUCAUUAUAUCUUGGGAUGAACCCCAGGACAAUGGAGGUGGAGACAUCACUUGCUACAGUGUGGAGAAACGAGAGACGGCCCAGGCUAACUGGAAGAUGGUUUGCUCCAGUGUGGUAAGGACAACGUUCAAGAUACCCAACCUGGUCAAGGGCACAGAGUACCAGUUUAGAGUACGUGCAGAGAACAAAUAUGGAGUGAGUGAUCCUUUGAAUUCACCAGACGUGAUCGCCCAACACCAGUACAUGCCACCAGGUGCACCAGGAAAACCAGUCACAUACAACGUUACCAGUGAUGGCAUGACUAUCCAAUGGGAAGCACCCAGCUUUGAUGGCGGCUCACCAAUCACUGGCUACCAUGUUGAGAAGAAGGACAGAAACAGCCUGCUGUGGACUAAGGUCAAUUCCAGCAUUAUCUCUGCCCGUGACUACAGAAUCAUCCAGCUGAUUGAAGGACUUGAGUAUUCCUUCAGAGUCUAUGCAGAGAAUAAUGCUGGCCUGAGUCCCGUCAGUGAACAGAGCAAACAUGCCCUCGCAAUCUCCCCAGUUGAUCCACCUGGUACUCCUAAUGUUAUUGAUGUCACAAGAGACACUGUCACUCUCAAAUGGGAUAUACCCAAAAAAGAUGGAGGAUUUAAGAUUGUGGCAUACAGUGUGGAGAGACGUCAAGGCAGAGGCAAAUGGUUGAGAUGCAAUUUCACCGACAUAAGUGAUUUGCAAUUCACCAUCACCGGACUUUCUCCUGGUGAUCGCUAUGAAUUCAGAGUGAUUGCCAGAAAUGCUGUCGGUACAGUCAGUCCACCCUCACAGUCAUCGGGCUAUGUCAUGACCAAAGAUGAAAGUGUUUCUCCCGACAUUGAGUUCAGUGCCGACACUGCUCUGGUGUACAAGGCUGGUGAAAACAUCAAACUGAACUGUAGUAUCACUGGACGACCAGUGCCUCAGGUCAUAUGGUACAAGGACGGUAAAGAGAUUGACAAGAUGAUGUUGAUUGAUAUCACAACUAACAUCGGCUCCAGCAGCCUGUUCAUCAGAGAUGCUGAUCGCGACCACCGCGGAGUGUACAUGGUGGAAGCCAAGAACGGCUCUGGAACAAAGACAGAGAGUGUCAACAUCAGAGUCUCAGAUACCCCUGGACCACCUGAGGGACCAGUGCGUUUCACUGGUAUCACUGCAGAAAAGGCAACUGUCUGGUGGAACCCCCCAGAGAACGAUGGAUGUGCUGCAAUACUCUAUUAUACGGUGGAAAAGAGAGAAACAUCUAGGAUUUCCUGGGCAAUGGUGACAAGCAAGUGUGAAGCUUGUUCAUUCAACGCCACCAAGCUGAUCAAGGGCAACGAGUACCAGUUCCGUAUCUCUGCUGUCAAUAAGUUCGGAGUUGGACGUCCUCUCGACUCUGAUCCAUUCAUUGCACAGAUGCAAUUCACCGUUCCAGAUGCCCCAGGUACACCAGACGCCACAAAUGUGACUGGAGACACCAUCACAAUAGGCUGGACAAGACCCAGAUCAGAUGGUGGAAAUGAGAUCAAGCACUACAUCCUGGAGAGACGUGAGAAGAAGAGCUUGCAAUGGCUGAAGGUUUCAUCCAAGAGACCAAUCACUGAGCUCAGACAAAGAGUGACACACCUGACCGAAGGUAAUGAAUAUGAAUUCCGUGUCAUGGCUGAAAACGGUGCCGGCAUCGGACCAGCAAGUAACACAUCAAGACUCUUCAAGUGCAGAGAGCCUACAAGCGCACCAAGUGCUCCUUCUCUGGUAAAGGUCACCGACUCCACAAAGUCGUCUGUCACCCUGGAAUGGAUCAAGCCUGUGUUCGAUGGUGGUAUGGAGAUCAUUGGCUACGUCAUUGAGAUGUGCAAGGCUAGCCUUAAUGAAUGGCACCAAGUCAAUAGAACAACUUGCAUCAACACAACAUACACAGCUAAAGGUUUAACGGCUGGUGAGGAAUAUAGGUUCCGUGUGCGUGCAGUGAAUGGGUCUGGAAAAGGAGAAGCAUGUGCAGUUCCUAAUCCAGUGCAAGCUGUUGAUAGACUGACGUCACCAGAAAUCACCCUUGAUGCAGACUUCAAACAGACACAUGUUGUGAAGAAUGGUGCCACCGUCACUCUUCAUAUUGCCUUCUGUGGUAAACCAGCUCCGCUGGCUACAUGGACCAAGGCAGGUGGAGAACUUGGUGUUAUGACAGACGUCAACACAACUGACACAUACAGUACCUUGACCAUUGAGAGCUGUACCAGGUAUGACUCUGGAAAAUACACCUUGUCGCUUGAGAACAAUGGUGGCCGCAAAUCUAUCACAUUGACCGUGAAGGUGCUUGAUACUCCUGGACCUCCAGGAGCUAUCAGCUUCAAGGAUGUGACCAGGGGAGCUCUGACAAUGCUGUGGGACGCUCCAGCCAACGACGGCGGAGCCCGUAUUCAGCACUACAUCGUAGAAAAGCGUGAGGCUAGUCGUCUCAGCUGGAAGUCAGUCAGUGAAAAAUCCUCACGCCAAAUGAUCAGAAUGACCAACCUAGGAAUAGGUGUACCUUACCUGUUCAGAGUCAUCGCUGAAAAUACGUAUGGCAGGGGAGAACCCUGUGAGAUGACUGAACCGAUUACUGCAACUGAGGUGCCUGCUCCACCCAAGAGUCUUGACAUCAUUGACACUACUAAUUCCACCGCUCUCUUGGCCUGGCUGAAACCUGAACACGACGGUGGCAGCCGCAUCACAGGUUACAUUGCUGAGGCCAAAGCAAAGGGCUCUGAUCGCUGGGUUGUUGGCGGUCAAACCAAACACCUAAAGUUAGUCAUUGAGGGCUUGAUUGAGAACACAGAAUAUGACUUCCGUGUCAAGGCUAUCAAUGAGGCUGGUAUCAGUGUCCCAAGAGAUGCCUUAGCAUCCGUUGUCAUCAAGGAGCCGAAGAUUGAGCCCACAGCAGAUCUCAGUGGCAUAAAUAACCAGCUCAUCACAUGCAAGACUCACGAUGCAUUCACCAUUGAUAUCCCCAUCAGUGGCAGACCAGCUCCAAAGGCCACCUGGAAACUGGAGGAGAUGAAGCUAAAAGAGACUGAUAGAGUGAUCAUCAAGACUACCACAGAAAAGACCACCCUGGUGGUAAAAGACAGCAAGAGAGGAGACAGUGGAAAAUACUACCUCACUCUAGAUAAUGCCGCCGGAGCGAAGACAUUCGCUGUUACUGUCAACGUUGUUGGAAGACCCACUCCACCAGUAGGACCCAUUGAAAUCUCUGAAGUGUCAUCAGAGGGCUGCUCAUUGGCUUGGACAGCACCAGAGGAUGACGGUGGAACAGAAAUCGACAACUACAUCGUUGAGAAACGUGAAUCUGGAUCUACAUCCUGGCAAGUGGUGAACUCAAGUUGUAAACGCACCACGAUCAAAGUCGGCCAUCUGACCAAAUACAUGGAGUACACCUUCCGUGUCUCUGCUGAAAGCAAGUAUGGCGUUAGCAAGUCCAUCGAGUCCUCAGCUGUUGUCAUUGAGCAUCCAUUCGUUCCACCAAGUCCACCAACUCGCCCAGAUGUGGUGUCAGUAUCUGCUACGGCUAUUGGGAUCAAGUGGGAUCUGCCAUAUGCUGAUGGCGGCAGCAAGGUGACUGGAUACUGGAUAGAGAAGAAGGAGAGAAACACCAUUCUUUGGGUCAGGGAGAACAAGCUUCCAUGCCUGGAUACCCAAUACAAAGUUUCUAGUCUCAUUGAGGGCCUGGAGUACCAGUUCAGAGUUUAUGCUAUGAAUAUUUCUGGUCUCAGCAAAGCCAGUGAGGCCUCAAGACCAGUAGUGGCUUUCAACCCAGUCGAUCCUCCUGGUAAACCUGAGGUGACUGAUGUCACAAGGUCCUCAGUAACUAUUGCAUGGGGUAUACCAUUCAACGAUGGUGGCAGCAAGAUUGUCGGAUACGUCGUUGAGCGCAAGCCAUGGAGUGAUGAUGAGUGGGAUGAUGCCCGCUGGUUGAAGUGUAACUACACCACCAUCACGGAGACUCACUUCACAGUCGGAGGACUGGGUGAAGGAGAAAUCUUCGAAUUCCGUGUCAUUGCCAAAAAUGGAGCCGGAGUUCACAGUGCACCAUCUGAAACAACAGGACCGAUCACCUGCAAGGAUGAAUAUACUCCUCCCAAGGCUGAACUUGACAGCUCUCUUGUUGGAGAGCAUGUCACUAUCCGGGCUGGGUCAGACCUGGUCCUUGAUGGUGUAGUUGGUGGUAAACCUGAACCCAUAGUAUGGUGGGCCAAGGGUGACAAGGUGCUGGAGCUGGGGGAGAAAUACUCCCUGACAUACACCAGUUCAAGAGCCAUGGCCAUCAUCAAGUCCUGCAACAGAAACGACACUGGAAGAUACAUUCUGACCGUGAAGAAUGCCAGUGGAACCAAGACAGCGGCUGUCAACGUUAAAGUACUCGAUACACCAGGGCCUCCGGAGGAAAAGGUCACAAUCACCAGGGUGACAGAGGAGAAGUGCACUGUGUCUUGGAAGAUCCCUCUGGAGGACGGUGGAGAUCUCGUCACUCAUUACAUUGUUGAUAGGCGUGAGACCAGCAGACUCAACUGGGUGAUCAUGGAGACUGAGUGCAAGACUCUGUCCUGUGUAAGCUCCAAACUGAUCAAGAACAACGAGUACGUCUUCCGUGUCAGGGGAGUCAACAAGUACGGACCUGGUGUGCCCUUGGAGUCCGAGCCUGUCAUCGCCAGAAACGCAUACACUGUCCCAUCACAACCUGGAGCACCAGAAGUCACGGCUGUAGGAAAGGAGCACGUCAUCAUUGAAUGGAUGAAACCUGAAAGCGAUGGUGGAAGUGAGAUCAAGAAUUACCUGGUGGACAAACGUGAGAAGAGCAGUUCCAGAUGGACCAGGGUCAAUAAGACCUUUACCAUCUAUGACAUCCGCCUGAAGAUCUCUGGUCUGCUGGAAGGCAGUGAUUACCAGUUCCGUGUUACUGCUGUGAACACAGCUGGAAACAGCCAGCCCAGUGAAGCCUCUCAGUACGCCUACUGUAGAGAGCCAACAUACACUCCAGCCCCGCCUUCAAUUCCACGUGUGAUAGAUUCCACCAAGCAUAGCAUUAGCUUGCAAUGGACCAGACCCAUGUAUGAUGGUGGCGCUGAUGUUGUUGGCUACGUGGUGGAGGUGCUUGAGGAAGGAACCGAGCAGUGGUACAGGGCCACUCAGAAGACUCUGAAGACCAAUUUGUUUGUUGCCACUGGACUUCAAAGCAACAAGAAGUACAGUUUCCGUGUCGCAGGAGUCAAUAGCAAUGGCACUGGGGAAUACAGCGAACCAAGUGUGGAAAUUGAGCCUGUUGAGAAACUCUCAAUCCCUGAUCUUGAGCUUCCUGAUGAUCUGAAGAAGACUGUGUGUCUGAGAGCUGGUAACACUCUGAGGCUGUUUGUCAAUGUGACUGGAAGACCUGCUCCUGUACUGACCUGGAGGAAACCUGGCAUUGACCUUCAGAGCCGUGGGUUCAUUGAUACAACUGACAGUUACACUCAACUGAUCGUUGAGAAGGUCCAUCGAUACGAUGCCGGCAAAUACACCAUUGAGGCUGAAAAUCCAUCUGGCAAGAAGUCAGCAACCAUUCUCGUCAAAGUUUAUGACACUCCUGGACCACCUGGUUCAGUUAGAGUCAAAGACUACACAAAGGAGUCUGUUGUCAUCACAUGGGAUGUACCAACUAUUGACGGUGGAGCCCCUGUGAACAACUACAUCAUUGAGAAACGUGAAGCUUCAAUGAAAUCCUACAAGACAGUUACAACAGAAUGCAGGAAGACCUUGUUCAGAAUUACUGGCCUGGAGGAAUCAGUACACUACUUCUUCAGAGUGUUACCAGAGAACAUAUAUGGUGUCGGAGAACCACGUGAAAUCCCUGAAUCAGUGUUGGUCUGUGAAGUACCCAGCCUUCCUCAGGAUCUGCACAUUGUGGAUAUUGGAAAGACCUCUGCCAUACUUAACUGGGAGAGACCUCUUCACGAUGGUGGAAGCAGACUGACGGGCUACGUCAUUGAAGCUAACAUUGUUGGAUCAGACAGAUGGAGUGCAGUGGCCACCGUUAAACAGUCCAUGUCCCAGCAUACCGUCACUGGUCUGACAGAGAAGGAGACUUAUCUCUUCAGAAUCAGAGCUACCAACAGCAGAGGAGUUAGCGAGCCUAGGGAGAUUACAGGACCUGUGGUCAUUCAGGAACAACUACUGGCGCCCUAUAUUGAUCUGACCGGCAUUCCACAGAAGGUUGUCCAAGUGCCAGCCGGCAAGCCAAUCGACCUCAACAUUCCUAUAAAGGCCAGACCUGCUCCAGUUUGCACAUGGUCCUUCAAUGGUGCUAAAAUGAAGGAUAGUCUUGACCGGGUUAAGAUUGAGUCUAAUGGAAAAUACACCAAACUGACUGUCCGUGAGACAACCAUUGUUGACACUGGUAGCUACACUCUUCAAGUGAAGAAUUCUGUAGGAACCGCAACAGAGAUACUUAAAAUUAUCAUUCUUGAUAAACCUGGAAUACCUAUUGGACCGAUCGCAGUUGAUGCCGUUGAUGCCACAUCUGUAACGGUCAGCUGGGAGCCACCAGAGAAGGAUGGCGGCGCCAACGUCAGUGGCUAUGUUGUUGAGCAGCGUGACGCUCACCGCCCCGGAUGGCUACCAGUGUCCGAAUCUGUCACAAGACCCACAUUCAAGUUCACCAGAUUGUCUGAGGGAACUGAAUACGUGUUCCGUGUGGCUGCAACCAACCGCUUCGGCAUUGGAGGAUUCUUGCAGUCAGAAGUUGUUGAAUGCAAGAGUCUCAAGACCGUACCCAGUGCACCAAACCGACCUGAUGUACUGGAUGUGACUCAUGAGGGAAUGACCAUCACAUGGCAGCCACCAGAAGAAGAUGGAGGCUCCCAGGUGUCUGGAUACAUAAUUGAGCGCAAGGAGGUCAGAUCUGAAAGGUGGAUGAGUAUAGUUAAGAACCCAGUCACCAUGACCAGAUACAGAUCAUCAGGUCUGUGCGAAGGCAAUGAGUAUGAGUUCCGCGUGAUCGCCCUCAACUCCAGAGGCUCGAGCAAACCCAGUAUUGCAUCUAAACCAGCUAUCGCCAUGGAUCCCAUCGAGCCUCCUAGUGCACCACAGUUCCCCAUGGUUACAGACACCACCCGGACUUCUGUGUCUCUGGCCUGGAGUCCUCCAGAGGAAGAGGGUGGUUCCGUCAUCACUGGUUACCUGAUUGAGAUGCAGAAGGUGGACCAGGUGGAAUGGACCAUGUGCAACACGACACCCAUAAAGAUCUGUGAAUACACUCUGACGCACAUGCCUCAGGGAGCUGAGUACAAGUUCCGUGUGAUGGCCUGCAAUGCUGGUGGACCCGGAGAGCCAGUUGAGAUCCCAGGAAUCGUCAAGGUUACAGAAAUGCUUGACUAUCCCGAUUAUGAACUGGACCCCAAAUACGAGGAAGGCUAUGUGGUCAGACAGGGAGGAGUUAUCAGGCUGUCUGUGCCCAUCAAGGGUAAACCAGUCCCUAUCUGCAAGUGGACAAAGGAAGGCCGAGAUAUCUCUCACAGAGCUAUGAUCGCCACCAGUGAUGAUAUCACUGAACUUGUGAUCAAAGAAGCCCACAGAGAUGACACUGGCACAUAUGACCUGGUCCUGGAGAACAAAUGUGGCAGGAAGGCUGUCUACAUCAAUGUUAAAGUGAUUGGACGUCCAGACGCACCUGAAGGUCCUCUUGAGUUUGAUGAUAUCCAGGCUCGCUCCGUAAGAGUCAGCUGGAGACCUCCCUCUGAAGACGGUGGCUCUGAUAUCCUGGGUUACAUCGUUGAAAGGCGAGAGGUAUCAAAGGUAGCAUGGUAUACUGUAGACUCAAGAGUGGUGGACACAGCUCUGGUGGUCAAGGGACUGAAGGAGAAUGUUGAAUACCAUUUCAAGAUCACUGCUGAAAACCAGUUUGGUGUGAGCAGAUCUCUCAAAUCAGAUGAAUGUGUAACUCCAAAGACACCCCUGUCUCCACCAGAACCUCCAAUCAACCCACCAGAAGUUAUGGAUGUCACAAAGAGCACUGUUGCUCUAUCUUGGGGCAGACCAAAGGAUGACGGUGGCGCCCGCAUUACAGGAUACUACGUUGAGAGAAGAGAGGUGUCCACAGAGAAGUGGGUGCGUCACAACAAGACACACAUCACCACUACAAUGUACACUCUCACUGGACUCAUCCCUGAUGCUGAAUACCUGUUCCGUGUCGUGGCACAAAACGACAUCGGUCAGAGUGAACCUGGACCACUAUCUGAAAAUGUUAUAUGCAAAGAUCCAUUCGACAAACCCAGUCAACCAGGUGAGAUUGAUAUAAUCUCCGUUGCCAAAGACUGCAUCACUAUUCACUGGCUGCGCCCAGAAUGUGAUGGUGGCAAAGAGAUCCUAGGUUACUGGAUUGAGUUCAGACAGGCAGGUGAAAGUGCCUGGAAGAAAUGCAACAAGGAGCGUUCCAAGGACAGACAGUUCACCAUGGGUGGUCUGAUGGAAGCUACAGAGUACGAGUUCAGAAUCCUUGCAGAAAAUGAAACCGGAAUGAGUAGACCUCGCAGGACCGCCAUGGGCAUCAAGACUAAACUGAGCUUGGGAGAGGCUCCUAGUCUCAAGGAAGACAUGGCAGAUGUCAUCACAAAACUUGGCGAAUCUGGAACUCUGACAUGCCAGAUUAUUGGACGUCCCCUUCCUGAAAUCAGAUGGUACAGAUAUGGCAAAGAGCUGAUCCAGAGCCGCAAGUACAAGAUGAGUUCUGAUGGUCGCAACCAUUCACUGACAGUGGCCACAGAUGAACAGGAAGAUGAGGGCAUAUACACUUGCAGAGCAGCCAAUGAAGCCGGUGAAACAGAGUCCAGCGGCAAGCUGCGCUUGCAGGCCGCACCUGCUUUCCACCCUGGAUUCCCAUUGAAGGAGAAAUACACUGCAGGGUGUGGAACAAGUCUUCGUCUCCAUGUUGUCUACAUUGGCCGUCCAAUUCCACAAAUCAUGUGGUUCUAUGCAAAGAAGCCGCUCAACGCGUCUGAAAACGUGAUAAUUGAAAACACUGAGAGUUACACUCAUCUGGUUAUAAGGAAUGUACAGCGAAAAACAAACGCCGGAAGAUACAAGGUGCAAUUGACCAACAAAUUUGGAACUGUUGAAACCACACUCAAGGUUGAAAUUCAAGAUAAACCUACCAAACCUGAGGGACCUAUUGUUGUUGAUGCUGUGUUGAAGAGCGCAGUGAUCAUCAGCUGGAAACCACCAAAGGAUGACGGUGGAUCAAUGAUCACCAACUACAUUGUGGAGAAACGAGAAGCAAAGGAAGGCGAGCAGUGGCAUCUGGUGUCAUCGUCAGUCUCAGGAAACACUUGCAGGAUUCCAAAUCUGAUUGAAAGUGCUGGAUACUACUUCCGUGUUUCUGCUCAGAACCAAUAUGGAGUCAGUGAGGCACUUGAAGUUCCUGCUGUUCUCAUUAUCAAAAGUCCAUUCGAAAAACCUGGAAUUCCCAUGCAGCCUGUUGUCACAGAAGUGACCAAGGAUUCUUGUCUUGUGUUCUGGAAACCACCAAAGGACGAUGGAGGUGCAAAGAUAAAGAACUAUUUCCUUGAAAAACGAGAGAAGAAACAGAACAAAUGGAUCACUUGUACAUCCAAUAAAAUCCACGAGACACAUUUCGCUGUCAAAGGCCUUCUUGAGGGCUUUGAGUAUGAGUUCCGUGUGAAAUGUGAAAACAUGGGUGGUGAGAGUGAUUGGAGUGAGGUGUCAGAGGCCAUCAUUCCCAAAUCAGGUCUCACAAUGAAACCUCCUGUCUUCAGAGAAGAAAUGAGACCAGAGAUGAUUGUGAAGUUUAGAUCCAAUGCUACAUUUGUCACCAAAAUUGUUGGACAUCCCAUCCCCACUGUGAAAUGGUACAAGAAUGGCAAAGAAAUUGUUGCAGAUGGUACCAAACUCAAAUUGCAAGAAUUCAAGGGAGGUUAUUACCAACUUGUUAUUGCUAAUGCCGAGGACAGCGACGCAGGUGUCUAUCAAGUCAGGGCAACAAACCAAGGAGGAUCCAUCUCUACAACAGUGAAUCUAACUGUUGAAGUUCCUGCCAAGAUCCACCUACCUCUAGAACUGCAAGGCAUGGGAGCAGUCCAUGCUGUUAAGGGUGAAGUGGUUACCAUUAAGAUUCCAAUCAGUGGCAAGCCUGACCCUCAAAUCCAAUGGCAGAAGGGACCAGAGAUAAUGGGAUCAUCUUCUCACACUCAAGUGAUUGUCACAAGAUCAUUUACUUCACUCGUCUUCCCCAAAGGAGUUCAGAAGAAGGAUACGGGUUACUACGUAAUCACUGCCAAGAACAGAUUCGGAGUUGACAAACAGACCAUUGAAGUUGCCGUGGCAGAUGUACCAGAUCCUCCUAAGGGAAUUAAAGUCAGUGAAAUCACUAGAGAUUCCAUCACUCUAACCUGGAAUCCUCCAGAAAAAGAUGGCGGAAGCCCUAUCAUUAACUACAUCAUCCAGAAGUGCCCCACAUCAGGUGACAGGUGGAUCCGCGCAGGCCAAACCAACGAGCCUAAAUACACCAUGAUCGCUCUGUUUGGCAAGACGAAAUACCAGUUCCGUAUCAUUGCGGAGAACCAGUUUGGUCUGAGCGAUCAUUCUGAACCAACUGAGCCUGUUACAACAAUAGAAGAUAAAUCGGUUAUCAGAAACUACGAUGAAGAAGUUGAUGAAGCUAGAGAAAUCACCAAAGAGGAGGCACCACAUUCAUCAAAGAUCAAGAUGGUGGCUGCCCAGUACACAAUUUCUGAAGAGCUGGCACGUGCCGGAACAUUUGGCGUUGUUCAUCGCUGUGUUGAAAACAAGUCCAAGAAGACAUUCAUGGCCAAGUUUAUCAAGAUCAAAGGUACUGAUCAGGAGCUGGUUGCUAGAGAAAUUGAGACACUCAAUCUCUCUAAACACAAGAACUUCAUGUACUUACAUGAGUCUUUUGACAGUCUGGAAGAAAUGGUCUUGAUCUAUGAGUUCAUCUCAGGCGUGGACAUCUUUGAACGACUUGGCACAGGCAACUUUGAGCUCUCAGAACUGGAGAUUGUUAGGUACCUGAGACAAGUGUGCUCAGCUCUGAAGUUCUUGCACAAACUCAACUAUGCUCAUUUUGAAAUCAAACCUGACAACAUUGUCUACACCACAAGAAAGAGCACAAACAUCAAAAUUAUUGAAAUGGGCCAGGCUAGAUUACUGACUCCUGGAGAAAAUAUCAGAAUCAAUUUCACUGCACCAGAAUACUGUGCACCUGAAGUCCACCGCCAUGGUCUUGUCAGCACUGCAACUGACAUGUGGUCAGUUGGUGUACUGACUUAUGUGCUCCUCAGUGGAAUUAACCCCUUUGCAGCAGAAUCAACCACAAAAAUGAUUGAGAAUAUCUCAAAUGCAGAGUACAUCUUUGACAGUGAGGCUUUCAAAGAAAUCAGCCUUGAAGGAAUGGACUUCUGUGACAGACUUCUUUGUAAAGACCUGAAGAAACGUAUGACUGCUCAUGAAGCUUUGGAACAUCCUUGGCUUAGGUUGAAGCUGGAGCACCUCAGCAAAAAAACUAUCAAGACAUUGAGGCACAGAAGAUACUACCAGACGUUGGUGAAGAAAGAUAGAGAGACAAUUGUCUCAGCAGCUCGUGUCGCUUUCGGUGGUGGCUUCAGAAGUUACAGAGGUUAUGCAGUUGGCAAAGUCAAGAUUGCGCACCCUGUAGAAGGUCUGAGAGCCGGUCCAGUCAUGCAUGGAUCUUCAGAGGAGGGUGGACAUGUCAGAUUUGUUUGCAACAUUGAAAAUUAUGAUGAAACCACAAAAGCAACUUGGUACUUCGGCACCCGCCAGUUAACAGCAAGUCACAAGUAUGAAAUUAGCUACAUCAAUGGAGUUGCUAGCAUCUAUGUCAAGGAAAUUGAAACAUCUGAUGAUGGUGUCUACAGAUGCAAAGUCGUCAGUCAGGACGGUGAAGAUAGCACCUAUGGAGAACUCUUUGUUGAAACUGUGAGAUGCUACCGUGAACACUUCAUUGGACGCUCACUCACAAAGAAGAGAAAGCUUGAUAAGCAAAGACUUAUGCAGAGACCACCAGAGUUCACUCUGCCUCUGUACAACCGCGCUGCUUACAUCGGUGAAGAUGUUCGUUUCGGUGUAACCAUAACAGUGCAUCCAGAGCCAACAGUAACAUGGCUGAAGGCUGGACAGAAAAUCAAACGAGAUGAUAAGAAGUACACUUUCAUUAGUGACAAGGGUCUUUAUCAAUUGAUGAUCCACAAUCUUGACCUUGAUGACGAUGCUGAAUAUACUGUUAUGGCCCACAACAAGUUUGGUGAAGACAGUUGCACAGCACGUCUUACAGUGACACCUCACCCUGUUAGUGAAGACACCAUGAGGCCAAUGUUCAAACGGCUGUUGGCUAACGUGGAGUGUGUAGAGGGCCAUAGUGUCCACUUUGACUUGAGAGUCUCGGGAACACCUGCACCAACCUUGAAGUGGGAGAAGGAUGGCAGGCCAUUGGAAUUCAACCAACAAAUCACAGUUGUUCAAGAGGAUGUAGACUAUCACGUUCUGCAUGUCAGAGAAACUCUUGUUGAGGAUUCAGGUCUUUACAAAGUUACCGCAACAAACUGUGUUGGAUCAGUGAGUUGCCAGGCUACACUGAAGGUGGACCGCAUUACAUACAAGAGGAGAGAAUAUAAGAGUGAGGCGGAACAACAGAAAUAUGUUCAACAACAAAUUGACAAGACACUGAAAAUGGCACAACGCCUUUCCACCACUGAAGUUACAGGACUCAACCCAGAGGCUCAAGAGGCUUUGAAACACGCUGCAGACAUAUACAAGCCGGCAGUGAGCACCAAACACUGUGAGGGCGAAUUUGAUAUCACAGAAGAAAAACCAUUUGUACAUAUUGAGGAAAGGAAACUUCGCAUGCCAUAUGAAAUUCCUGAGUCACGUGUCCAUGAUGCAAGAGUUCUGAAUGAAGACCUGUUGAUUAAACACUUUGUACCUUUGUCUGACAUGAAGUGGUACAAGAAACUCAGAGAUCAGUAUGAAAUACCUGAGCGGAUGGAGAAGAUCGUACAGAAGAGACAGAAACGAAUUCGUCUCUCCAGGUGGGAGCAAUUCUAUGUCAUGCCCCUUCCUAGAAUUACUGACCAGUACAGGCCAAGAUGGCGUAUCCCAAAGCUCACACAAGAUGACUUGGAAACAGUAAGACCAGCAAGACGGUCACCUUCUCCUGGAUCCGAGGCAUCCUUCAGGUCAAGAAGACGCUCCCUGGGUGAUAUGAGUGAUGAAGAGCUUCUGCAGCCCAUUGAUGAUUACCUGUCAAUGAAGAAAACUGAGGAAGAAAGGCUACAACUUGAGGAGGAGCUUGAACUUGGCUUCUCUGCCUCCCCACAAGGCAGCCCUGUCCGGUUUGAGUUGUCUGCUCUGCGUCAUGAAGAAACUAAACAUGUUGCAAGAAGAGAAGUAUCACAAGUAACCGAGCACAAGGUCAAGAGAACAAAAGUUUCACAGUUCAUGAGGAGGAGAAGAUCACUGUCUCCUACAUACAUUGAGCUGAUGCGCCCUGUUUCUGAGCUGAUAAGAGCUCCUCGCCCACGUCCACUAGAGCCAGAGGAGAUUGUCGAAAGGAGAUCACCCACCCCUGAGAGGACGCGUCCACGCUCCCCCAGCCCCCCAGCUUCAGCUGAGAGAUCCUCCCGCUCAUCCUCAAGAUUUGAGAGGUCAGCCAGAUUUGACAUCAUGUCCAGAUACGAGUCAAGAAAGGCUGCACUGAAAUCUGAGCGCAAGUACCAGACGGUGACCCAAACACCCUUCAGCCUCGACCACGCCCCACGUGUGACCGUGAGAAUGCGUUCCCAUCGUGUCCCAUGUGGUCAGAAUACAAAGUUCACUCUGAAUGUCCAAGCGAAGCCUAUGGCUGAGAUCCAGUGGUUCCAUAACGGACAACUGAUUCAAGAAAGUGAGAAGUUACGCUUCACAAACGUGAGUGGAGUGCUGUCUAUACAGAUCCGUGAUUGUCAGGCAGAGGACAGUGGCACGUAUCGUGUUGUUUGUUCAAACUCAAAGGGAGAAGCAUCCGACUAUGGUAUCCUCGAUGUUUCUGGAGGUGAAUUCUCAACAUAUACAUCACGUCGUAAAGAUGAGGAUGCUCCACAACCAUUUGUUCCUGAUAUCACAAAGACAGACCAUUACCACAUAUCAUCCUUCAAGGCAGCUUCCUCCUCAGCAACACACAUGGAGGUGAAAGAAAGUAAAUCAAAGUUAACUGAAUCACGUGAAACAUAUGACAGAUAUGAUUCAUCUGAACGAUUUGUAUCUGCAUCUGAAAAAUAUGCUGCAUCCGCUAAGUAUGCAUCAACUGAAUACUUAUCAUCUGCAGCAUCCUUAUCAUCAGCAUCAUCUGAAAAGUUUAGAUUGACUGAAAGAUAUGUGUCGGGUGAAAGACAAGCAUCGUCUGAAAGAUCUGAAACAUAUGCUUCAUCUGAAACAAAAAUGAGGGCUAUGGAGGCGUCAGAAGUUGAGCAAGUGACUGUUCAUAAAGUUAAGUCAACUCUGGCAGCCAGAAUACUGACUAAACCACAGUCUGUAACAGUCAAUGAAGGAGAGACUGCUCGAUUCACUUGUGACAUUGAUGGCGAACCAGCACCAAGUGUUACAUGGUUGCAUGAGGGACAAGUCAUUGUAUCCUCUCAUCGUUUUAUGGUGUCUACCACGCAGUACAAGUCUAUGUUUGAAAUUUCCUCUGUCCAGUCUUCUGAUGAAGGCAGCUACACACUGCUGGUUGAGAAUGCUGAGGGCAGACAAGAGACUCGGUUUAGCCUGACCAUUUUAAGAGCAAUUGUCGAAGAGGAGAUUUUUGUCUCAAUAAAGUCACCAGAGCCUGGAUCCAAGUCUCCUGAACGAGUAGCUUCACCUCCCAGUGUUCCCCAAACCCCAACCCCGUUAAUCAAGUCUCCUGAACCAAUCGCCUCACCUCCUAGGGUGAAGUCCCCUCCUCCAGUCAAGUCUGCUGAACCAAUCACCUCGCCUCCAAGGGUGAAGUCCCCGCCUCCUGUCAAGUCUCCUGAACCAAUCACCUCGCCUCCAAGGGUGAAGUCCCCUCCCCCUGUCAAGUCUCCUGAACCAAUCACCUCGCCUCCAAGGGUGAAGUCCCCUCCCCCUGUCAAGUCUCCUGAACCAAUCACCUCGCCUCCAAGGGUGAAGUCCCCUCCUCCUGUCAAGUCUCCUGAACUAAUCACCUCGCCUCCAAGGGUGAAGUCCCCUCCUCCAGUCAAGUCUCCUGAACCAAUCUCCUCGCCUCCAAGGGUGAAGUCCCCUCCUCCAGUCAAGUCUCCUGAACCAGUUAUCUCGCCUCCAAGGGUGAAGUCCCCUCCCCCAGCCAAGUCUCCAGAACCAAUCACGUCGCCAAAGGGAGUGAAACCACCUCCCCAAGUCAAGUCUCCUGAACCAAAGGGUGUGAAGUCACCUCCUCAAGUUAAAUCUCCCGAACCAAAGGGUGUGAAGUCACCUCCUCAAGUAAAAUCUCCUGAACCAAAAGGAGUGAAGUCACCUCCUCAAGUCAAAUCUCCUGAACCAAAAGGAGUGAAGUCACCUCCCCAAGUCAAGUCUCCUGAACCAAAAGGAGUGAAGUCACCUCCCCAAGUCAAGUCUCCUGAACCAAUCGCCUCACCUAAGAGAGUCAAAUCUCCACUAACUGUGAAAUCCCCGACUCCUAAAGCUCCAAAGAUUAUCCACCAACUCACAGCCAAAGCUUCAGAAGACAAAGUGAGAAUGUCCUUGGUAUCUGAAAGCAGCGUGAGAGAAGUUGUGUGGUGCAGGAAUGGAGUGAAACUGACAGAGAGCAGCCACUAUGAGUUCCAUAUGUCUGUGGAUGGACAUUGUUCUCUUAUUAUCCAUGACCUCUCUGAGAACGACCAGGGAGAAUACUCUUGUGAGCUCAUUGCAGAAGGAGGAGUCUCUACUAAAUCUUCAUUUUCAUUCGUUGGCCAAGUGUUCCAAUCCAUCUACACUAAAGUCACAGCUUAUGUGCAGCAGCACAUGGCCAUGAAAGUGAAAACCGAACAAGUAUCAAUUAGUCAAAAAGAGGCAUCUAUGGCUUUAGCCUCCCAUACAAGUUCAGAACAGGUUAAGAAAGAAAUCCAUGGAGGAGCUCAGAUGAUGAUGAUGGGGGAGAGUGCUGCUCUUAGCAGCAUGCAGGAAAGCUUCUCUUCCCAAUCAGUCCACAUGGCUUCUUCUUCUUCUAUGCAUCAGGAGAGCUCUUUCAGCAGUUCCAGUAUGGCCAGUAUGUCUAGCAUGGCUGCCAUGGCUGCUGAAAUGCAGAUGGAAACCAUGUCUCUAUCUAGCAUGUCUUCCAUGACAUCUUCCCAUGCCAUGAGCUCCAGCAGUAUGACUGAAAUGAUGAGUCACUCCCACCUAGAGGGGUCCUCCAUGAGAUCUAUUGCACAGGGUAUGCUUGGUGCAACAGGUGCACCAAGAAUCGAAGCUCUCCCAGAGGACAUCACCAUUGAACUUGGAAAGGUUCUCACCGUGGCCUGUGCUUUCUCCGGAGAGCCCACCCCUAACAUCAAAUGGUCCCGCGGUGGAAGAACGCUGCCCGGUGAGGAGCAUGGCGGUAGGUUCCACAUCGAGACCUCAGAGGACCUCACUACACUCAUCAUCACCAGUGUGAAAGAAGAGGAUGCUGGAGCAUACACACUCAAACUUUACAACGACUUUGGAUCUGACACUGCAACAGUAACUAUAAGCAUUCGAUCAUAAAAAAAAACAGUUAAUAUCAUUUCUAUCCUCCCCCUUCCCUACUUUAAUGCCUUUUUAUGUAUUAAUUGAACAAAAUAUUAUCUUACUUGAUAAAGACCUGGAUUUCUGUUAUUGUAAAUAUGAACUAUUUUUAUACCAAACUUGACAUUAAUUUAUGCCAAACUAGACUAAAGUCUAAAGUUGUUAUAAAAUGUGCCAUAUUGGAUAAUUAUGACUUAGGAUUUUUCAUCCAUUUUUUCUGUGACAUGUACAUAAUGUAUAUAGCCGAAUUUAACGGUUAUGGAAAAUGUAUGAAUUGUUAUUUAUGACAAUAUUAACUGAAACAAAUGAAACUGAAAUGUUUAAAAGGAGAAAGUUUCGCAUGAAACGAAUACCCUGUUAAACCUGAAACUAAACUCUGUGCCUCAACAAAAAGUUGAUGUCUUAAGAUUGCCUCAACAGGUAGAGAGGCUCCCUGUUGAAGUUGAUACUAAAUCAGAGAGACGAGAUGUUAGACACUGUAUGUUAUUACCUGCAGUGUUAUUAUCAAACUCCUAUGAAUUGUAACAUGAUCAUAAGACCCUGAGUGCUGUUUGCAUAAACCCUCAUGUAAGCAGGACAACUAGGCCUUGUGUUCUGGACUGACUAUGUCAUAACCACCAUUUAAAUGACAUGUUCAACGUGCGAGCGGCCUGCACUUGAGCUGAAAUGUGUUUUUUUUGUGCUCUGCUUCUGGCAAACGACUGCUUAAUUGAUUUUCCGAACAACAUCAACCUGGCCAUAAAAAAUUGAAAGUCCAUCCUGCACUUUUUUGCAGAAGCAGAGCCAUCUCUUGGAGGUUUGCUUGUGUGCCUUAUUUUUGUGUGUUAGCUUUAGAAUUUCACCAGUUCAGUUCAGGCAAACAUCAAGCAAGUGUACCACAGUGACACCACCUGCUGUGUUAAAAGAAAACUAAAUGUAUUAGCUGUUCUGCCCUGCACUUUCGUUUGAUUGAAAUUAGAAUUAUAGAAUUAUAUGCAACCUCCCUGAGUUUAGUAUUGAUUUAAUAAAGCAUGAUAUCAGCACUAAAA